AUGAUGUUCUGUCAGCCAUUCAUCACAAAUAACAAGUAUCUGCCACCAACAACCCCCCGGUACCCCCAUCCAUCCAUCAAGCUUUCUCACAUGAUAAUAACAGGUGGUGGUCCACAGCUGUCUUUUACUCAUUAUGUUUUUAUCUUUGUUUUUAAUGCUCAUGUUGAUACAUAUUCUGUAAUUGAAUUAAAUUGUGCUUCUCCCCAAUUUUCCAUCCAUUCUAAACUAGAUUGUAAGCUCUUCAAUCUAGGGUUUCAUCCAGCAUCUCCGUGUUCAAUGUAUUGUCAUGCAAUAAAUCUCCAGGAAUAAAGGUCCCGUUCAGCGCAAUGCUCUGCACUUUCCCAGAAAAGGCAGAAUUACAUUGAAAAUGUUAAUUUCACACGAACUGCACCAAACUUACUGAACCGCAGCAAAAGAAACAAAACGAAAAAAAAAGGGAAACACGCCAUCUAUUAUCAUUAAACAUGUGCUAAUCCCUUGUACCUUUAACCCCUCUGCUGCCAAAAGGGGCCUUGCUCUGCAGGAAGAAGGGUUAAUACUGACAGUCAUAUAACCAGCACCUUAAACCACAAACAAUUCCUGUAUUGGAGAAGGGGAGGCGACAGAGACAGCAGCAGGAGGGGAUGAAGGAGAGAGGGAGAAACACACAGAGGAAGGGAGGAGGGUAGGAGGCUGAAGUCAUGAAUUAUUGAUAAUAAUGCUGGGUCUCUUUAACUGGGAGCUGAGUGUGACACCCUGUGUGUGUGUGUGCACGCAGAAUAGCGAAUGAGACACUCUGUAUGUGUGAGUGUGUCUGUGUGUGACAGAGGGUGGGGAAUACUCUGUAAUUCUGGGCUUUUAUGUCAGCUUGUGCCCAUCUCUCCCUCUGUGACACUGUCGCCUGCUGCCAAAGGAUUCCAUUUUUUUCUAUUUUAUUUGGAAACAUAUUUUUUUCAUAAGGGUUUUUGUGGGGGUUUUUAUUCUUGAUUUUUUCCCUUUGGAAUUCCUCUCCUCCCCCCCAAUUUUCAUUUUGCACCUGCCAGCAACAUCAGCAAACCCCCAUUCCACCUCUGAGAGCCAGCUCCUUAACCCUCCAUCAUUUGGGUGAAUCUGCACCCCGGGGUGGGGGAGAGAAGGGAACCCUGUGGAUUGCACUGUCUCAGACUGUCAUGUUGGCUGCAAGGCGUUCUGGGAUAUGAGAUGUUGGCGUGACCUAUUUUGACUGCUGAUUAUUUUACAGGAGGAAUUUAUUCACCAUUUCUAACACCUGCAGCCCCUCUAAGGAUAUUCAAAGAGGCGAACUUUACCUCCUCUGACUAUCCCAGUGUCAUCUUUAUCCGUCUGGUCCUCACCCUGCCUGGGAUACUGGAAUCAUGAGCUGAGCAUCUCACGCUGGAGGUAAGAGGGAUGUGGGGUUUUAUACAUCUGCAUGGAUACAUAAUAAUAUGGACAUGAGAUACAUAAUAACAGGGACGCAGGACCUUCUCACAUACACAGACACCCAGAUACCUACCUCACAUCUCCUCCUAUAAUACAGGCACCAGGAUACCUACCUACCUCUCAGCUCCUAAUACACAGACACCCGGAUACUUACCUCACAUCUCCUCCUAUAAUACAGGCACCGGGAUACCUACCUCUCAGCUCCUAAUACACAGACACCCAGAUACCUACCUCACAUCUCCUCCUAUAAUACAGGCACCAGGAUACCUACCUACCUCUCAGCUCCUAAUACACAGACACCCGGAUACCUACCUCACAUCUCCUCCUAUAAUACAGGCACCGGGAUACCUACCUCUCAGCUCCUAAUACACAGACACCCGGAUACCUACCUCUCACCUCCUAAUACACAGACACCCGGAUACCUACCUCACAUCUCCUUCUAUAAUACAGGCACCCGGAUACCUACCUCUCACCUCCUAAUACACAGAAACCCCGAUACCUACCUCUCACCUCCUAAUACACAGACACCCGGAUACCUACCUCACAUCUCCUUCUAUAAUACAGGCACCCGGAUACCUACCUCUCACCUCCUAAUGCACACACACCCGAAUACCUACCUCUCAACUCCUAAUACACAGACACAUGGAUACCUACCUCUCAGCUCCUAAUACACAGACACAUGGAUACCUACCUCUCAGCUCCUAAUACACAGACAACUGGAUACCUACCACUCACCUCCGAAUACAGAGACACCCAGGUACCUACCUAUCAGCUCAUAAUAUAUAGAUACCAAGAUACUUACCUCUCACCUCAUCCUAAUACACAGAGACCGGGAUACUUACCUCUCACCUCAUCGUAAUACACAGAGACCAGGGUACUUACCUCUCACCUCCUCCAAAUACACAGAGACCGGGAUACUUACCUCUCACCUUCUCCUAAUACACAGAGACCUCAAUACUUACCCCACCUCCUUCUAAUACACAGAGACUGUGAUAGUUACCUCUCACCUCAUCCUAAUACACAGAAACCAGGAUACUUACCUCUCACCUCCUCCUAAUACACAGAGACCGGGAUACUUACCUCUCACCUCCUCCUAAUACACAGAGACCGAGAUACUUACCUCUCACCUCCUCCUAAUACACAGAGACCGGGAUACUUACCUCUCACCUCCUCCUAAUACACAGAGAGCAGGAUACUUACCUCUCACCUCCUCCUAAUACACAGAGACCUCAAUACUUACCUCUCAGAUUCUCCUAAUACACAGAGACCAGGAUACUUACCUCUCACCUCUUCCUAAUACACAGAGAGCAGGAUACUUACCUCUCACCUCCUCCUAAUACACAGAGACCGGGAUACUUACCUCUCACCUCCUCCUAAUACACAGAGAGCAGGAUACUUACCUCUCACCUCCUCCUAAUACACAGAGACCGGGAUACUUACCUCUCAGCUCCUCCUAAUACAAAGAGACCGGGAUACUUACCUCUCACCUCCUCCUAAUACAAAGAAACCGGGAUACUUACCUCUCACCUCAUCCUAAUACACAGAGACCAGGAUACUUACCUCUCACCUCCUCCUAAUACACAGAGACCAGGAUACUUACCUCUCAGCUCCUCCUAAUACACAGAGACCAGGAUACUUACCUCUCAGCUACUACUAAUACACAGAGACCAGAAUACUUACCUCUCAGAUCCUCCUAAUACACAGAGACCAGGAUACUUACCUCUCAGCUCCUCCUAAUACACAGAGACCGGGAUACUUAUCUCUCACCUUCUCCUAAUACAGAGAGACCAGGAUACUUACCUCUCACCUCCUCCAAAUACACAGAGACCAGGAUACUUACCUCUCACCUCCUCCUAAUACAUAGAGACCAGAAAACUUACCUCUCACCUCCUUCUAAUACACAGAGACCGGGAUACUUACCACUCACCUCCUCCUAAUACACAGAAACCGGGAUACUUACCUCUCACCUCAUCCUAAUACACAGAGACCAGGAUACUUACCUCUCAGCUCCUCCUAAUACACAGAGACCAGGAUACUUACCUCUCAGCUCCUCCUAAUACACAGAGACCGGGAUACUUACCUCUCACCUCAUCCUAAUACACAGAGACUGGGAUACUUACCUCUCACCUCAUCCUAAUACACAGAGACCAGGAUACUUACCUCUCACCUCAUCCUAAUACACAGAGACUGGGAUACUUACCUCUCACCUCAUCCUAAUACACAGAGACUGGGAUACUUACCUCUCACCUCAUCCUAAUACACAGAGACCUGAAUACUUACCUCUCAGAUUCUCCUAAUACACAGAGACCAGGAUACUUACCUCUCACCUCUUCCUAAUACACAGAGAGCAGGAUACUUACCUCUCACCUCCUCCUAAUACACAGAGAGCAGGAUACUUAUCUCUCACCUCCUCCUAAUACACAGAGACCGGGAUACUUACCUCUCACCUUCUCCUAAUACACAGAGACCGCAAUACUUACCUCUCAGAUCCUCCUAAUACACAGAGACCGAAAUACUUACCCCACCUCCUCCUAAUACAAAGAGACCGGGAUACUUACCUCUCACCUCCUCCUAAUACAAAGAAACCGGGAUACUUACCUCUCACCUCAUCCUAAUACACAGAGACCAGGAUACUUACCUCUCACCUCCUCCUAAUACACAGAGACCAGGAUACUUACCUCUCAGCUCCUCCUAAUACACAGAGACCAGGAUACUUACCUCUCAGCUACUCCUAAUACACAGAGACCAGAAUACUUACCUCUCAGAUCCUCCUAAUACACAGAGACCAGGAUACUUACCUCUCAGCUCCUCCUAAUACACAGAGACCGGGAUACUUACCUCUCACCUUCUCCUAAUACAGAGAGACCAGGAUACUUACCUCUCACCUCCUCCAAAUACACAGAGACCAGAAAACUUACCUCUCACCUCCUCCUAAUACACAGAGACCGGGAUACUUACCACUCACCUCCUCCUAAUACACAGAAACCGGGAUACUUACCUCUCACCUCAUCCUAAUACACAGAGACCGGGAUACUUACCUCUCAUCUCAUCCUAAUACACAGAGACCAGGAUACUUACCUCUCAGCUCCUCCUAAUACACAGAGACCAGGAUGCUUACCUCUCAGCUCCUCCUAAUACACAGAGACCAGGAUACUUACCUCUCACCUCAUCCUAAUACACAGAGACUGGGAUACUUACCUCUCACCUCAUCCUAAUACACAGAGACCAGGAUACUUACCUCUCAGCUACUCCUAAUACACAGAAACCAGGAUACUUACCUCUCAGCUCCUCCUAAUACACAGAGACCAGGAUACUUACCUCUCACCUCCUCCUAAUACACAGAGACUAAGGAUACUUACCUCUCACCUCCUCCUAAUACACAGAGACUAAGGAUACUUACCUCUCACCUCCUCCUAAUAUACAGAGAUUGGGAUACUUACCUCUCACCUCCUCCUAAUAUACAGAGAUUGGGAUACUUACCUCUCACCUCUUCCUAAUACACAAAGACUGAGGAUACUUACCCCUCACCUCCUCCUAAUACACAGAGACCAGAAUACUUACCUUUCACCUCCUCCUAAUACACAGAGACCAGGAUACUUACCUCUCACCUUCUCCUAAUACACAGAAACCUGAAUACUUACCUCUCAGAUCCUCCUAAUACACAGAGACCAGGAUACUUACCUCUCACCUCUUCCUAAUACACAGAGAGCAGGAUACUUACCUCUCACCUCCUCCUAAUACACAGAGACCAGAAUACUUACCUCUCACCUCCUCCUAAUACACAGAAUCCAGGAUACUUACCUCUCACCUCCUCCUAAUACACAGAGAUCAGAAAACUUACCUCUCACCUCCUCCUAAUACACAGAGACCAAAAUACUUACCUCACCUCUUUCUAAUACACAGAGACUGGGAUACUUACCUCUCACUUCAUCCUAAUACACAGAGACCAGGAUACCUCCUCCUAAUACACAGAGACCAGGAUACUUACCUCUCAGCUACUCCUAAUACACAGAGACCAGGAUACUUACCUCUCACCUCUUCCUAAUACACAGAGAGCAGGAUACUUACCUCUCAGCUCCUCCUAAUACACAGAGACCAGAAUACUUACCUCUCACCUCUUCCUAAUACACAGAGAGCAGGAUACUUACCUCUCAGCUCCUCCUAAUACACAGAGACCAGAAUACUUACCUCUCAGCUCCUCCUAAUACACAGAGACCAGGAUGCUUACCUCUCAGCUCCUCCUAAUACACAGAGACCAGGAUACUUACCUCUCACCUCUUCCUAAUACACAGAGACCAGGAUACUUACCUCUCACCUCUUCCUAAUACACAGAGAGCAGGAUACUUACCUCUCAGCUCCUCCUAAUACACAGAGACCAGGAUACUUACCUCUCACCUCUUCCUAAUACACAGAGAGCAGGAUACUUACCUCUCAGCUCCUCCUAAUACACAGAGACCAGAAUACUUACCUCUCACCUCCUCCUAAUACACAGAGACUAAGGAUACUUACCUCUAACCUCCUCCUAAUACACAGAGACCGGGAUACUUACCUCUCACCUCCUCCUAAUAUACAGAGAUUGGGAUACUUACCUCUCACCUCCUUCUAAUACACAGAGACCACUCACCUCCUCUUAAUACACAGAGACUAAGGAUACUUACCCCUCACCUCCUCCUAAUACACAGAAACCUGAAUACUUACCUCUCAGAUCCUCCUAAUACACAGAGACCAGGAUACUUACCUCUCACCUCUUCCUAAUACACAGAGAGCAGGAUACUUACCUCUCACCUCCUCCUAAUACACAGAGACCAGAAUACUUACCUCUCACCUCCUCCUAAUACACAGAAUCCAGGAUACUUACCUCUCACCUCCUUCUAAUACACAGAGACCAGGAUACUUACCUCUCACCUCCUCCUAAUACACAGAGACCGGGAUACUUACCUCUCACCUCCUCCUAAUACACAGAGACCGGGAUAUUUACCUCUCACCUCCUCCUAAUACACAGAGACCAGGAUACUUACCUCUCACCUCCUCCUAAUACACAGAGACCAGAAAACUUACCUCUCACCUCCUCCUAAUACACAGAGACCAGAAUACUUACCUCUCACCUCUUUCUAAUACACAGAGACUGGGAUACUUACCUCUCACCUCAUCCUAAUACACAGAGACCAGGAUACUUACCUCUCAGCUACUCCUAAUACACAGAGACCAUGAUACUUACCUCUCACCUCUUCCUAAUACACAGAGAGCAGGAUACUUACCUCUCACCUCCUCCUAAUACACAGAGACCAGAAUACUUACCUCUCACCUCCUCCUAAUACACAGAGACUAAGGAUACUUACCUCUAACCUCCUCCUAAUACAGAGAGACCGGGAUACUUACCUCUCACCUCCUCCUAAUAUACAGAGAUUGGGAUACUUACCUCUCACCUCCUUCUAAUACACAGAGACCACUCACCUCCUCUUAAUACACAGAGACUAGGGAUACUUACCCCUCACCUCCUCCUAAUACACAGAGACCAGAAUACUUACCUCUCACCUCCUUCUAAUACACAGAGACCACUCACCUCCUCCUAAUAGACAGAAACCAAGAUACUUACCUCUCACCUCCUCCUAAUACACAGAGACCAGGACACUUACCUCUAAUCUCCUCCUAAUACAGAGCAACCGGAAUACAAAUCUCUCACCUCCUCUUAAUAUACAGAGGCCAGAAUACUUACCUAUCAACUUCUCUUCAUACACAGAUACAUACCUAUCAGAUUCUCCUAAUACACAUAGACAAGGGUACUAACCUACCAAUACCUCCUAAUACACAGAGACCAUGAUACAUACCUCUCAGAUUCUCCUAAUACACAUAGACAAGGGUACUAACCUACCAAUACCUCCUAAUACACAGAGGCCAUGAUACAUACCUCUCAGAUUCUCUUAAUACACAGAGACAAGGGUACUAACCUACCAAUACCUCCUAAUACACAGAGACCAUGAUACUUACCUCUCACCUCCUCCUAAUAGACAGAGACCGGAAUACUUACCUCUCAGCUCCUCCUAAUACACAGACACUGGGAUACUUACCUCUCACUUAAUACACAGACACCGGGAUACAUACCUCUUACCUCCUACUACAAAUAAAAUAUGUAUGUGCCCCUUUUCCUUUGCAUGCAUACCUUUUACCUCCUCCUAAUAUAUCUCUAAGCUCUCUAUGGACAGUUAGCUAUGUAUCAUAAAGUACUGAGCCUCCAGUACACUGCUAUAAUAAUGGGUAUUAUUAUUUGAGUCAGGGAUUAGAUUUGGUUCCCCAUGUUAGUUAUGUGUGAUUCCACUGGUUGGAACAGACAUGUCACAUUUGUCCAGGCCUGGGGCUGCUGCCCAUAAUAGAUUCUUUACUGCAGCAUGACUCCUUCUCCCAUAGAAAUGGAGACCCUUAUAUUUACAUUUAAGAAUCGGUUGCCAUGUUGAUUUUACUAUUAAAAAAUAGAUCUCCGAGCUAGCUGAAUAUGUAUAAUUUGGGAUCCUGAAUGUCCCUCUCCAUAAGAUCGGUUUCAUCAUGGACUUCAUUUACUGGCAAAGGACCAAUUACUGACUUUGGACCAAACUUGAUCAUUAUAGGCCUCUUUUUUUAGGAAGAAAAUUCAAACUUCUUAGUGUUGGAGGUAUUAAAUAUCAUGCGUGGUUUCUCAUUGGUUAAACUUUUUCAGUCCUAAGGAGCACUGAGAAUAUUAACAUCCUUUUAAAAAAGUCAUGGAUUCUCCUAAAUCCAACGCCAAUUAUCUGACCUAACAAUGAGACCAGUCAGAAAAGGUACCUCUGACCGAGGGUCUUAUUCUCUGGGAAGACACACUAACGUCUUACGAUGAGUGCCAUAUAUUUCUAUUCUAUUUAUUAAUGUGUGUAAAGUAUAUCUCUUAGUUUAGCAUCAGGUGGGCAUCCAUAAUAUGUUACAAGACAAGAGCUUUCCUCUAACUCAUAUUGUUAAAUUCAGGUGGUUUAUGAUUUACCAUCUUGCGUUGUACAGAAUUGUCCUUUUUAGACAUGUAGAAAAAAUAGUUUGAGCUGGUUUGUCCAAAUCAUAUUCCUGGCAAUCGUCGAACCAAUCAAUUCUGAAUCGUUUUGGCUGUGUAUUACCUGUACAGGUAAGAUUGAUCCGAAUCGUUUUGGCUGUGUAUUGCCUGUACAGGUAAGAUUGAUCCGAAUCGUUUUGCCUGUGUAUUGCCUGUACAGGUAAGAUUGAUCCGAAUCGUUUUGCCUGUGUAUUGCCUGUACAGGUAAGAUUGAUCCGAAUCGUUUUGGCUGUGUAUUACCUGUACAGGUAAGAUUGAUCCGAAUCGUUUUGGCUGUGUAUUACCUGUACAGGUAAGAUUGAUCCGAAUCGUUUUGGCUGUGUAUUACCUGUAUAGGUAAGAUUGAUCUGGAGAUUGUGAAUCGAUCUGUUUCGUUAUUGACUAAGAGGAAUUUUAAUCAGACAAAUAAAAAUUUUAGUCUACUCAGUUUUGAGAUUAUAUUGAAGGAACUAUCAGAAAUGUCAAAAAAAAUGACUAGCUUAUUUUUAAUUUUAAACAUAUAUUAUCAGUAAAAUCCCAAUACCGAAUAAUACUAAAGUUUGAUCAUCUAGAGAGAAGCAAACCCCCCUCACAAAAUCUCCUAUUUUCCCCCUAAAUAAUGACACUUAUUUGCCAAUUCACCAAAAUAGAAGUUGAUAAUGAAAUACUAGCUCUCCAGCUGUGAAUGCUUUCCUGACAAUAGUUUCCUGACACAUUCUCAAUAAUUCCAGCAAUUAAUUCCAUCGUGCUUCUUCUCUAAAAAUGUAGAAUUUAUUCUGUUUGUUUGACCAGACCCCCUGUGUGUGAUGAUCCAGACCCCCGUGUGUGAUGAUCCAGACCCCCUGUGUGUGAUGAUCCAGACCCCCGUGUGUGAUCCAGACCCCCCCGUGUGUAAUGAUCCUGACCUCCCCGUGUGUGAUGAUCCAGACCCCCUGUGUGUGAUGAUCCAGACCCCUCAUGUGUGAUGAUCCAGACCCCUCAUGUGUGAUGAUCCAGACCCCCCAUGUGUGAUGAUCCAGACCCCAUGUGUGUGAUGAUCCAGACCCCAUGUGUGUGAUGAUCCAGACCCCAUGUGUGUGAUGAUCCAGAGCCUCAUGUGUGUGAUGAUCCAGACCCCCAUGUGUGAUGAUCCAGACCCCCGUGUGUGAUGAUCCAGACCCCCCAUGUGUGAUGAUCCAGACCCCCCAUGUGUGAUGAUCCAGACCCCCUUUGUGUGAUGAUCCAGAUCCCCUUUGUGUGAUGAUCCAGGGCAGGGGUAGGCAACGUUCAGUACUCCAGAUGUUGUGGACUAGAUCUCCCCUGGUGCAUUGCCACCGUUAAGGUUGUAAGAGCAUUAUGGGAGAUGUAGUCCACAACAUCUGGAGUGUCACAGUUCAGGGCCGCUAUCAGAGCAUGACAACCAUGACGGUUAUCACCAGGGCCCUCUCUGCCCGUGCGGUCCCCUGGCAGCCUGUAUAGUGAAGGCUCAACACAUGUGAUCUUUAGCAUCUAGAAACUCUCUUCAACUCGCGAGCCUCCUGCCACUACACACAUCAACCACUACACAUACAUACUGCAUCCACUACACACACUGCAUCCACUACACACACACAUUGCAUCCACUACACACAUUGCAUCCACUACACACACACAUUGCAUCCACUACACACAAAUUGCAUCCACUACACACACACACUGCAUCCACUACACACAUUGCAUCCACUACACACACACUGCAUCCACUACACACACACACACUGCAUCCACCACAUACACACACACUGCAUCCACUACACACAAAGAUUGCAUCCACUACACACACACAUUGAAUCCACUACACACACACAUUGAAUCCACUACACACACACAUUGCAUCCACUGCACACACAGAUUGCAUCCACUACACACACAGAUUGCAUCCACUACACACACACACAUUGCAUCCACUACACACACACACACAUUGCAUCCACUAAACACACACACACACAUUGCAUCCACUAAACACACACACACAUUGAAUCCACUACACACACACACACAUUGAAUCCACUACACACACACAUUGCAUCCACUACACACAUUGCAUCCACUACACACACACAUUGCAUCCACUACACACACACACACAUUGCAUCCACUACACACACACACACUGCAUCCACUACACACACACUGCAUCCACUACACACACUGCAUCCACUACACACAUUGCAUCCACUACACAGAUUGCAUCCACUACACACACAGAUUGCAUCCACUACACACACACAUUGCAUUCACUACACACACACACUGCAUCCACUACACACACACUGCAUCCACUACACACACACAUUGCAUCCACUACACACACACAUUGCAUCCACUACACACACACAUUGAAUCCACUACACACACACAUUGCAUCCACUACACACACAGAUUGCAUCCACUACACACACACACUGCAUCCACUACACACACACUGCAUCCACUACAAAAACACAUACACUGUAACCACUAUUCAAGUACACUGCAUCCUUGUGGGUGGACUCAGGGCUGGACACUGUGGGCAGAUUUAGGGGUGGCCCCUGUGGGCAGACUCGGGGUUGUACUGUAGAAAUCACGAAUCACUGCCCUUUUCUAGAGCCAUACCUUUACCUUGGUCACUGGUCCUUAUGGAAUGUUUUACAUGAAUCCCGACCUCAUAUAUCCCAAAUGAUCAAACUUAUUUCUCAGGAAAUUUCAUGGUAAAGGACCACUAUAGUGCCAGGAAAACAAACUACCUAAUACACAGAGACCGGGAUACUUACCUCUCACCUCCUCCUAAUACACAGAGACCAGGAUACUUACCUCUCACCUCCUUCUAAUACACAGAGACCACUCACCUCCUCCUAAUACACAGAAACCAGAAUACUUACCUCUCACCUCAUCCUAAUACACAGAGACCAGGAUACUUACCUCUCAGCUCCUCCUAAUACACAGAGACCAGGAUACUUACCUCUCACCUCAUCCUAAUACACAGAAACCAGAAUACUUACCUCUCACCUCAUCCUAAUACACAGAGACCAGGAUACUUACCUCUCAGCUCCUCCUAAUACACAGAAACCAGAAUACUUACCUCUCACCUCAUCCUAAUACACAGAGACCAGGAUACUUACCUCUCAGCUCCUCCUAAUACACAGAGACUGGGAUACUUACUUCUCACCUCCUUCUAAUUCACAGAAACCAGAAUACUUACCUCUCACCUCAUCCUAAUACACAGAGACCAGGAUACUUACCUCUCAGCUCCUCCUAAUACACAGAGACCAGGAUACUUACCUCUCACCUCCUCCUAAUACACAGAGACCAGGAUACUUACUUCUCACCUCCUUCUAAUACACAGAAACCAGAAUACUUACCUCUCACCUCCUCCUAAUACACAGAGACCAGAAUACUUACCUUUCACCUCCUCCUAAUGGAAAUCACAGUGAGAAGCGCGGAAGCGCCUCUAGCGGCUGUCAAUGAGACAGCCACAAGAGGCUGGAUUAACCCUAAUGUAAACAUAGCAGUUUCUCUGAAACUGCUAUGUUUACAGCUGCUGGUUUAAAACUAGAGGGACCUGGUCUGGGUGCCUUUAGGGGUCCUUUAAGCCAAAAUUGCCAAAUUUUUUACAAUUUUUCAAGCAAGCAAUGUUUUUCAUUCAGCUUUUUCUUUUUUACAUGUGAAAUUCACAUUGAAUGUAUUUAGUAUACCUUAUGUUCCACACUUUAUUGAAUAGUACUGUCUGCGAUUUCCAUGAUAUUUAUGGGGUGUAAUUAUACAGUGGGGGAUUUGCUGUGCAUGUACACAGUUUAUGGAACUCAAACCCAGAGUGUCCGAGUCCAGUCCUGCUAUUCCGUGCAUGGAAAGAUUACGACCUUACAGGGUCCUUGGCGGGUUACCAGUAUUAGGCCCCUUCUUGCUUAACAUAGAGAAAGUGGACAGAGCCAAGCAAAUUUAUGGUUCCAAGGCCCCUGUUAAACCACUGGGCACUAGGCGACUGCCUACGGUCCCCUUAUGGUUAAUUCUGCUCUGAUUUUAUGCUAUAACUUAGCUCAAACUGCUACCAAACUGCUCAGACUGCUACCAUGUCUUCAAUGUUCCACUGAACAUUCUCUUGAAAAUAUAAUAGCCAGAUAGCACACAAACCAACACACGCCUGUUACCCUAUGGAGAGCAUUGUAAAUGGGAUUGUACCCUUGGAACACAAUGUAUCUCCUAGGUUACAAUCCACUCUAAUAUUCCCAUCACAUGACCACUGCUCCUGGCCAAUACCCACAGCUGAUAUUUCAUUAAGGUCAGGGCAGAGAGCAUCGUUAUUAGGGGGAUAAUUAAGUCAUCGAAGCAGGGACUCAUUUAAUGUAUAGAUUGCUUAAUGUAGACUCAGCUCCCCCAGUGCAGCCAUCAUGCCUCAGGCUCCUGUGCCAGCUAUACACCAGCUCUUUACUGCAGCUCUGCACCCGGUUAUUAGACGUGAAAUCAGGUUGUAUUCUUCAGCUAUGACCUCAUCUUGCCUUUCAUUCAUAGGCUUGCUUCCAUUCAACCCUGCACAGGAAAUGUAUCAUUACCAUAAAAUUCAGCUCUGCCGUGCCUUGCUCGUUUAAAAUGACUAAUUACAAAGCAGACGCACUGGGUUUAGCUUAUGGUUUUAGCGAGAGGAUGGAAUCGCUCACCGAUAUGUCUGAUUAACAAUCAAUCAAUAUAAUUGAUUGGUUACGUCAGCGUCGCAUAGAUAGAGGUCAAUAGAUUUGUUUUAUCAGCUUCUCAAAUUUGCAUCUGACCCCGUAGAUCUGGUACUCAGCACCAUUAUGUCACAUGUCAGUGCCUUGGGUACAAAUAUUGCGCGUUAGUCCAAAUCAGUUUAUUGUAGUGGUUAUGGUGUAUUUAUCUAUAUAUUUAUAGAUUGAAUAAUCAGAAUGUACUCAGAUCCAGAUCUCAAAGCCUAUCCGUGCUGUGCUAUUUCCACAGAUAAUGAGGAAAUUAAACUGCUCAUUAUUUGAACAGCAGGAAAGGAAAUGACUUUUGGUGGGUAAAGAGAUACAUUUACUGUCAAAUUUCUCGCAAUCAGUUUGAUACAAAUCAACAAUACUGCACCUAAAUAUUUCUUGCACCUUAACAACUACAAUAAGCUGUAAUAAUACAACAAGCUGUAAUAGGGCAACAUGCUGUAACAAUAGGCGUUGUAAUGAUUCAAUAGUUUGUAAAACUGAAAAACUGUAAUCAAACAACAAGUUGUUAAAAUGCAAUAAGCUGUAAUAAUACAGUAAACUCCAUUAAUGCAAUAAACUCUAAUGAUACAAUAAGCUGUAAUAAUGCAAUAAGCUUAAAGGGACACUAUAGUCACCAGAACAACUACAGCUUAUUGAAUUUGUUCUGGUGAGUAGAAUCAUUACCUUCAGGCAUUUUGCUGUAAACACUGUCUUUUCAGAGAAAAUGCAGUGUUUAUAUUACAGCCUAGGGAUACCUCCACUGGCCACGUCUUAGAUGGCUGCUAGAUGUGCUUCCUGUGGCAGUACUGCACAGUGUGACUGACAUUGGUGUCUCCUCUCUCCAUUAAUUCGAUGUAUCUCUAUGAGGAGAUGCUGAUUGGCCAGGGAUGUGUUUGGUUUGUGCUGGCUCUGCCCCUGAUCUGCUUCCGUCACAGUGUCAGCCAAUCCUAUGGGGAAAUAUUGUAAUUGACUGAUGAGAAGUCUUUGCAAUGAAGGUGCUGUGGGCAAUUAGUGCCUCUUGAGGUCAGCUGCAAUGAGCUAUCCAAACCAGGAAGUAACAGGACUUGUCUGAUAGACAGCCAGGGGGAGUGUAACAAGGCUAAUUUAUAAAAGUGUAAAAUUCUAUGGAAAUCUGUGCUUUUAGAAAUACAAUAAACAGAGGAUGCACUCUUCACACACAAAGCACCUCACCAAGCUAAAGUGCUACAGGGAUCUGGAGUGUGUCUUUAAUAUGUUUACAUUUUACUAUCACUUAAAGGGACAGUUUCGUCAUAUUAAGGCACCAUGACAAUUAAUUUAAAUGAUGCACUCCUACCUUCAGGAGGUUAAACUGUGUUCGAAUAGUUUAACUCUGAAGUUGCCUUCAGCGCUGUUUUCAGUUCUCCCCCCUCAAUCCCCCCAAUUUUACUUACAGGAAGCGAGGAGUGACGCCGGACAGGGGUGCCACUGAUUGGCUGAGAGCAGUUAGAUGACCCUGGAAGGUAAGAAUGCCUCAGGGGGCCUCUGUGCACCAUAACAACUUCAUUUAGAUGAAGUUGUUUUAGUGCCUGGAGUGUUCCUUGAAUUUAAAAUGAACUAGUAACAUCCACAUGUAUUUUAAACGAGUCACUGACCUGGAAUUUACAAAGUAAUUUUUGUCCAUAUCUUACUUAAUAUAUCACAUUGACUUAUGACAAUAAAGAGUUUGAAAAUAAAAUGAACUGGCCACAGAAAAAUUAUUUUAUGAUAAUCGAUUUUUCACAAAAAAUGUUUGUGUGGUUUAUUCACUAAACUAAUAAUUGUAGUGACUUGAAAGCCAAAUUGCAAAAUUUAGGGGAAAAUGCUGAUUUGGACACAUUCUCAAUCUCAAAAACAGCUAUAGUCACAGCUCAGUUAAUAUAGUCUAAGCUUUGCCGCUGUUCUGUUUUCAGUUCAUUACAUUUUGGAGUUUAGACAAUAAAACACUAUAUUGUACAUCAGACAGUUAGUAAAUUCUAGUAAUGGACCAUUUGAAAGUAUAUAAACUACGUUAUAACUUUAACCAUAUAACCAUUGAUACUUAAAGGAGCACAAUAGUGUCACGAAUACAUGUAUUCCUGACAUUAUAGUUCUAAAUGCACCAUUUAGCUCCCCAUCCUCCCCUCUCCCUCCCGACCCCCCUCCCCUCCGCCCCCAAACCUGUUAAAAAGGGGACAAGGAGUUUACCUUACGCAGGUUUCUUUGUGGUUCCCCCCGCCCUCGCUCUCCCUCCUUGGCUAAGAUCAUUACAUUUGAGUAGGACCAAUAGGGACGGAACACAUUAAGGGUUAACUCCCCACCCUCCCUUAUCACAGCCGGCUUAGAGUAGUUUGUCCUCCUGCUGUGCGGGAUGCAAAGACAGGAUUGGUUAAAGGCAGAAAGCAAGUAGGAGGAAUAAAGGUAAGAUAAGGAAAGGUGUGGUAUGUUUUGUAUCAUUAACCUUUUGUUUUUUGUACUUACAUAGGAAAGGACUGGGAGGCUAUUGCGCAUGUGUGAUAAAACGCAACGCUUGGCCAAUCAGCCUCUCCUCGUAGAGAUGCAUUGAGUCAGUGCAUCUCUAUGGGGAACGUUCCGUGUCUCCUGACCCAGGAGGCACCUCUAGUGGCCAUCUGAGUGAAUGCAACUGGAGGUGUUACUAAGCAGCAAUGUGAACAUUGCCUUCCCUUCCUCAUUAAAAGGCCUGCAUGGAUAAGCUGUGGACACCAGAUCUACUGCAUUAAGUUGUAGUUGUUCGCGUAACUAUAUUGUUCCUUUAAGGCUACAUGGGCAAUGUAGAGCACCAACACCUGCAGUGCCAGAGAUUGCCACCUCAUAGCUAAGCCACAGUGACCCCGCCGAAAAUCACAGGAAUUGGAACCUAGUGUGAGGUUUAUAGAUGAUGUUUAUUUCUUGAGUGUCUGUUAAUACGGAUCAAUUAUCUUAAUCAUGUGUGUAAUCAUCAGAAUUAACAGAUCCACUCCUUGUCAUUAGUCAUUUUACUGCCAGUCAGAUACUUAGUUACAGAGAACUUUAGAUCCAAGCACAGUUUAACACUAAGUUAACUUGGAAAACUGAUACUGUUAGUGUUAGUGUGCGUGUUAAGGUAGUGUAGGGGGUAAUGAUGUUACUGUGCUCUAAGUGUUAAUGUCUGGUGUUAGUGUAGUGGUUAGCGUUUAGUGAUAAUGUUAAUGUAAUAUACAGAUCAUGUUGGUAGUGUUAGUGUUAGUGUAGUGGUUGGCAUUUAAUGAUAAUGUUAAUGUAAUGUGCGGAUCAUGUUGGUAGUGUAGUGUAGUGGUUAGCGUUUAAUGCUAAUGUUAAUGUAAUGUAUGGAUCAUAUUGGUAGUGUAGGGGGUAAUAAUGUUACUGUGCUCUAAGUGUUAAUGUCUAGUGUUAGUGUUAGUGUAGUGGUUAGCGUUUAGUGAUAAUGUUAAUGUAAUGUACGUGUCAUAUUGGUAGUGUAGUGCAGGGGUAGGCAACCUUCGGCACCCCAGAUGUUGUGCACUAUAUCUCCCACAAUGCUAUUAGAACCAUAAUGCUGGCAAUGCAUCAGGGGACACAGAGUCCACAACAUCUGGAGUGCUGAAAGUUGCCUACCCAUGAUGUAGUGUAUGGGUCAAUGUGCCGUGUGUUAGGGUAAUGCAAGAGUUAAGGGCAGGACAUUACUGUAAAGGUAGCGCUGGGAUGUCGCAGUGCAGGUUGGGUUUAUUGGGAGUUACAGUCAUGGAUGGCAGCUAUUUCAGAUGCCGUCUUUAAAGUGGAAGCAGGUUCUGCUCGAGGGUGUAACUCCCACAAGUCUCCGGGACAUGUAUAUCUUGAUGAAUUAUGACAUAUUUUGAAUAUGACAUAUAAGACAUAUUUUUAAUUUGUAAACUGAUUGAGGCAUUCCCUGUGAGAAGCUGGCCGCAGUUUGUUUGUUUGUUUGUUUGUGAGAAGCUGGCCACUGUUUGUUUGUUUGUCUGUGAGAAGCUGGCCGCUGUUUGUUUGUUUGUGAGAAGCUGGCCACUGUUUGUUUGUUUGUCUGUGAGAAGCUGGCCGCUGUUUGUUUGUUUGUCUGUGAGAAGAUAGUCGCUGUUUGUUUGUUUGUCUGUGAGAAGAUGGUCGCUGUUUGUUUGUUUGUCUGUGAGAAGCUGGCCGCUGUUUGUUUGUUUGUCUGUGAGAAGAUGGUCACUGUUUGUUUUUUUUUUGUUUUUUUUAAACUUUUUUAUUGAGGUAUUAAAAGCAUUACAAUGAUGUCAGCAGCACAGUGUAGUUAACAAAACAACAGGUUCUUUUGCAGGCACAAGAGUCUCAACGUUAUUGAUAUUGGGGCGAGAACAGAGAAGUUCCCACUUUUUGUGUUGCAAGGGGGGGGGGGGUUUGGUGUGAUAAGGUGGGUUACAUACGGCUUUGAUGUCUUAUACCCUAGCAGUGCAAUAAGGGAGGUAUGCCAGAGUACACUGCAUGAUAACGAGUGCGUGGUGUGGGAUGGUGCUCCAGCUGGUCAUCGGGCAUUGUGUGUAGGCGCACACUGUUAUCUUGUGGCUAGAGUAGAGCAAUGGUGCAUGGGUGAGGGCACUGGAUGGUGGCAUGUUCAGGUGCCUAGCAGUUUGGAUAGUCUAUACGGCGUAUCAGCCUGGAGGGUGGGUUAUGCGCGAGGGAAGACAGGGGUUUAGGUCUAGCUGGGGAAGUGGUGUCAGGCAAUUUGUCCCUGCUUUCCUUGGAGGAAUUGGAGCCAGGGGGUCCAUGUAGUGAGGUAUUCGUCAUAUUUGAGAGUGAAGGAGUAGGAAAGUUCCUCCAUUGUUCUGAUAGAGUCAACCCUGGCGAUCCAGGCUCUGAUAGUUGGGGCUGUAGUCUGUUUCCACAUUGUGGGGAUUAGAGCGUUGGCAGCCGUUAGGAGGUGGUUGAGUAGGAUGCGAUUGUGCUUGGUCAGUGGUUGGGGGUAUGAUAGGAAUAGCAUGGUUUCAGGGGUGUGGGGGAGGCGUACGCCAGUGAUGGUGCGUAUGAGGUUGGCCAUCUGUCUCCAGUAAUCCUGGAUUACGGGGCAGAGCCACCAGAUGUGUCCUGAGGUUCCCUCAGUUUGUUUGCAUCUCCAACAUGUUUUGGGUGUGUUAGGGAAGAAUCUGUUGAUGCGAGUCGGCGUGUAGUGCCAUUUAGCAACUCUCUUGUAGUUGCUUUCGUGGGUGCUAUUGCUCUUGGACGUGUGGAAUAUGUUAUGGAAGAUUUUGUGCCAAUUUUUAGCCGGUAUUUGAGUGGACAGUUCUUUGUCCCAGUGUGUGGUGUAGGUUGGCAGGAUUUCGUCUUGGCUGUGGCGGAUCGUUUUGUAGAAGGAUGAGAUUAGUCCUUUACGUAGUGUGUGGUGGGAGCAUAAUAUUUUGAAAGGUGUGGGAUUUCUGUGUCCCUGGAGGAGUAUGGGGUCUGAGUGUAGGAAGUGUGUAAUUUGCGCGUAUCUAAACCUAAGCAUGCUAGAGGGUUCGGCAUUGGGGGUGAGGUCCUCAAGUGGGAUGAUCCCUUUGUCGUUGCGAACAUCUCCUAGGGUGAGUGUGUGGGUUUGUUUAGGAAAGCUUUGGAGAGCGAUUGGGUUAGAGCCUGGCAGGAAGGCUGGAUUGUCGGUUAGUGGGUAGAGCGGGGACGGGUGUGGAGCUAUAUGUUGGUCCCCCCUUAUGUUGUGCCAGGUACGUAGGGUAUGAGGGAUUGUUGGGUGUAACUCUGAGUUGUGUGUUGUGAUGAUGGGCUUUUUUCCUAGCCAGGGUGCCAGGUGUAUUGAUGAUGAGAAGAAGCUGGCUUCAAUCUUUACCCAUUGUGUGUCGUUGUGGGGAUGUGCCCAUUCGUAAAUUCGUGUAAGUGUGAUAGCCUUGUGGUAAGCCUCCAGGUCUGGGAGACCUAGGCCCCCUCUCUGUUUACUUUUGGUGAGGCAGUCAUAUCGGAGUCUGGGGGGGUUGUCGGCCCAUAUGAAUGUUGUAAACGUCCGCUUAGCUUGGGCAAAGAAUGAGGUAGGAAUUUUGAUGGGGAGGGUUUGUAGCAGGUAGAGAAGUUUGGGGAGUACAUUCAUUUUGAGGAUGUGGGUCCUGCAGAGCCAUCCAAAUUGUGGCCUGUUCCAGGCCUUAAGGUCUGCCGCAAUCUUGGCAAGGAGAGGGGGAAAAUUGAUGUCGUAUGUGCGGUCUAGGGAGGUAGUGAGGUGGACUCCAAGGUAUUUGACCGAAUCUGAGGGCCAUUGGAAUGGAUAUGUGUUGCGGAGUAGUGAUCGGGUGGGAUAUGUUAAGGGGGAGUAUCUCGCUUUUGCUAACAUUGAUUUUGUAGUUGGAGACUUGGUGGUAUAGGUCGAUUUGUUGCAUGAGGUGGGUCAGUGAUGUCGUCGGGUUUGAGAUUGUGAACAGAAGGUCGUCAGCAAAUGCUGUGACCUUGAAUUCACUUCGUGCUAUUGUGAGGCCUGUUAUAUCGGGGCAAUCCCUAAUUCCCUGCAGAAAUGGUUCCAUUGUGAGAAUAAAUAACAGGGGGGAUAGGGGGCAUCCUUGUCUCGUGCCGUUUGUUAUUUGAAAUACGUCCGAAAGUUGGCCAUUAACCCUGAUCCGUGCUCCUGGUUUGGAGUAAAUGGCUGAGAGCCACUUGCUCCAGUUUGGGCCGAAGCCUAGCGCUUGUAAUGUCAGUUUAAGCAUAGUCCAGUCCACCCUGUCGAAUGCCUUUUCGGCAUCUAUGGUAAGUAUGAGGCUUUGGGCUUGCGCCGAUUUGGCGGCGUAGAUGAGGCUAAGCAAUUUCGUUGUAUUGUUUUUAGCCUCGCGGCCGGGCACAAAACCGGAUUGAUCGGGGUGGAUUAGCCCCUUGAGUAGCGGUUGGAGUCGUUCGGCUAGGAUCUUUGUGAAAAUCUUAAGGUCCCCGUUAAUCAGAGAAAUGGGGCGGUAGCUCCCACAUUCUUCGGGGUCUUUCCCCGGUUUGUGUAUGAGGGUGAUGUGGGCUUCUAGGGAUUCGGUGGGGAGAUUGUGCCCGGAUGUAAGGGCGUUAAAUGCGGUUACAAAUGGAGUUUUAAGGACACUGGCGAACGCUUUAUAGUAUUUGGCUGUGAAGCCGUCCGGUCCUGGGCUUUUCCCUAAGGGGAGUCGUUUAACUACUGUCGUGAAUUCUUCAGGUGUCAGGGGGCUGUCGAAGGUUUGUCUGAUAUUCGGGGGGAUAGUAUGGGUGAUCCUCGUGGCUAGGAAGUUGGUUACAUCCUCACCUGAGGGCGGGGUUAGUCUCAGGUUGUACAGGCCUGUGUAAAAGGUAUGGAAUUCCUUAAGUAUGUUUGGAAGGAGGUGCGUGCGAGUGCCAUCUUUUUGUUUGAUCGUGGUGAUGUAUGUCCGUUGGUUGGUUUGUUGGAGAGCUCUCGCUAGUAGCCUACCGCAUUUUCCUCCUUGUGUGUAAUAGGUGUGUUUGGUGCGAAGCAGCGUUCGUUUGACCUUGGAGUUAAGAAGUGUUUGCAGUGUCGUGCGUUUGUCCACUAGUUGUUUGUAUGUGUCUAGGGACAUGGUUUGUUUGUGGGUUUGUUCUAAUUGGCGUAUGUCCACUAGUAGGUCAGCUGUCUGCGCUUCUCUCUGUUUUUUGAGUUUGGAAGCUAGCGCUAUGAUGUGGCCUCUAAUUACCGCUUUGUGGGCCUCCCAAAUGAUUGGUGGGGGGGAGACUGUGGGUUUAUUUUCUUCGAAGUAGUGCUGUAAUGCGUCAGUGAGUGAUGUAAUGAUGGUUGGGUCGUUUAGUAGGGUGUCAUUCAGUUUCCAUUGGUUGCGGUUGGGUGUCAAUGAGGGGAUCUGAACAACCAGUGACAAAGGUGCAUGGUCCGACCAGGUGAUGGGGCCGUAGUUACUGGACUGGAUUAAGUGUAGGUGUCUGUGGUGGAGAAAGAGCAUAUCUAGUCUAGAAUAGGUGUGUUUUACCGAGGAGUAGUAAGAGUAAUCCUUGGUGUGUGGGUGGGUGAUUCUCCAGCUGUCAAAUAGGCAGGCUUUGUCUAGUAAUUGAGUCAUCCUGAGUCUGGUAUGGGCGUUGUACGAUGUGGACAUGGAUGUGGUGUCUAGGUUCGAGUCCAGGGACAUGUUUAGAUCCCCUCCCAUUAUCAGGAUACCUUCCAUGUGUUUUUCAAUUUUGGUAAUGUAUUAUGACAUGUGCGUGCCUUGUUUGGCGUUAGGUAGAUACAUGUUGGCAAAUGUCACCACAGUGUUGCCUAUCUUCCCUUUCACUAUGAGGAGCCUGCCGUUGGGGUCCUCAUGGUGGCUUAUGUGAGUGUAGGGUACAUGUGAGCCUAUAAGGAUGGCUACCCCUCUAGUCUUGGCCUCUUUAUAGCACCCAUAGUAUCCUGUGGGGUAGUGACGGUUACGAAUUGUGAUGGUUGAGCCCAUUUUAAGGUGAGUCUCUUGGAGGAAAGCUACGUCUGCCUUUAGGUUGCGUAGCUCUCGGAGGGUCAGCGCUCUUUUCAUGGGAGAAUUGAGGCCCCUGACGUUGAGGGUGACUAUUGUAAGGUUGGCCAUGUUGGCUGCAGGGGGGGGUGUCAUGUUGUGGUGGUCUUGAGUGGGUAUGUAGCAGUCAGAACGAGGUAAGAACAGUAACAAUAUAACAGUGAAAGAAACUAUAUACAGAGCAGCUCUGAUACUUGCAGAGCUGGAAGUUGGGGUAUUUUGAAAUGUGGAGUCAGUCAGCCUUGGUUGACGGUGGCUUUCCCUUUGGUGGCUAUUAAGUCCAGGGGAAGUUGAGUCGGCACCGCUAAGGCUUUAGGUGACUCUCCACUUAGUUGUGGGGUAACCGAAUUAGUUCAGUGUGGGGGGGAUUUGGUGAUGUAUCGGUACGUCUUUCCAUAGGGAGAGACGGGCAAUCCAUGGUAUGCUAUAUGGUAAUUUGGAUUGGUAAAUCGGGCUAGGAGGUAUGUAUAGUUUAUGGGACCAUUCGGUGCGUAUCGGACGCAUUGGGCGUGGGCGCUGGGGCGCUCAAUGGCCAGGGUCGGAGUGGCUCAUCAGGGCCGGUCCGGUACCUGAGUCAUAGUUAGUGCGCGAGUGCCAUCUUCCAACUCUGCAAAGGCUUAGGAUUUCCAGCACAGUAGUGUGGUUAGGGUAUCAGCACAUAAGACAUUAGGAACAUACUCAUAAAACAGUCAUCAUAGUUCCUUCAGAUAUUGCGCAAUUCGGUUCAACUCCACCCAGAAGCACGCUAGAAGCCUGUCAAGCCUCGGGAAGGGUUGAAGCCGAGCACGGUGUUAUGGUUAGGGUGUCAGCAUAAAAAAACAUUUGGAACAUACUCAUAAAACAGUCAUCAUAGUUCCUUCAGACAUCAUGCAGUUCGGUAUGCUGUUCGGUUCGACUCCACCCAGAAGCACGCGAGAAACCCGUCAUGCUUCGGGAAGGGUCGAAGCACAGCCCGUUAUUAUGGUUAGGGUAGCAGCACAAAGAACGUUUGGAACAUACUCAUAAAACAGUCAUCAUAGUUCCUUCCAGACAUAAUGCAAUUCAGUUUAACUCUACCCAGAAACAUACCAGAAGCCUGUCAAGCCUCGGGAGGGGUUGGAGGAUGGGGGGAGGGGAUAGAGAGGGCUGGGAGGGGAAGGGGUGUCUGAAGGUGAGGAGGGUGAAGGGGGGGUAAGGGGUUAGAGGAGGCAAGAUGUGCUCAAACAUUGUAAACCAGCUGGGAAGUAAGAUUGAUACCCGUCCGCAGGUCUUCUACUGGACUUCCCACCGGCAAGUCAUUGCCGUUCAGGAUGCAGAGUACCUAAAGUUUGUGGGAUCGUGUGUAGGAGUUCGUACCGCGGCUGAGGUUAAGUCCUGGAUUCAUAGUAGAGGCAGUACGAUGAAAAAGUGGAGUUCGGUGGGAUCACUGAAACUGUUACGGAGUUGGGGAGCUGGUUCGUCUGUUGCAUCGUUGGGGAUGUCAAGAUGGUUCUCUUGCAGAGAGUGUGUGAGGGAAUCUUGGCUUCCGGGGUAAGGUGAGUUAUUAUAGUGGCCCAUGGUUGUGGGAGUCCAGGGAGGUGUGUGAGGCUUGUUUGUGCUUGUAAUCCGAACUGGGCCAGGUUAGAUCCGGCAAUGAGGUCCGUUUCUUGUCGUCUGUGUUCUCAGGUUGGGUUCUGAAGGGGUAGGUGGCGUCCGAUAGCGAUGGUAUGGGGCGUCCUUUAUUGGGCGGGGGGUCCUGUUCUCGGUCUGUGUCCCCCUUGGUGAAUGGUUUGGUCGUUGUAGCGCCUCUUCGCUGGGGUUUGUCCUCUCUGUCGUGGGGCACUAUGUUGCGGAGGCUGGUGUAAUGGUCCAUACCAGUCAGGGAUAUGGACUUCUGGCAGGUCAAGGGCUGAGGUAAACGUUUGUGUGUCUUCGGCUGAUGAGAGGGUGGCAGUGACCCCGUUGUGAGUUGCUGUAAUGGCGAGGGGGAAUCCCCACCUGUAGCGGAUAUUCCUGGAUCUUAGGAGGUCAGUGAGUGGCUUCAUGGUCCGUCUUGCUUGGAGAGUCAUCCAGGAGAGGUCUGGGUAUAUCUGUACUGGUCGCCCAUGGUACAGCAGUGGUUGGGAGGUCUGGCGGAGGCUCCUUAGGAUGUCCUCUUUGAUGCUGUAAUAGUGCAGUCUGCAUAUCACAUCUCUGGGGGAGUCCCCCCCAGGGCCCCUGGGUUUGAGUGCUCUGUGCGCUCUGUCUAGCAGGAUGGGCAUUGUUGUGUCUCGUUGGAGGAUUAGGUUAAAGAGCUCUUGCAGUGUGGAGUGGAGGUCUUCCCCCUCAGCCUCAGGUAGGCCUUUAACCCUUAGGUUGUUACGGCGCCCUCUAUUGUCCAGGUCGUCUAGUGCUCUGUACAUAGCAGCCAUUUGUGUGUUAUGAGCUGUCACUGUACUUUGCAGGGCUUGUAGUUGUGUGCAUGUGCAGUCAUGUUCGUUUUCUAGGGAGUUAACCCUGUCACUGACCUGUCUUACUUCUGUGGAGAUGUCAUCCAUCUUCUUUUGAAAGGACACUUCAAGUUUCUGCAGCAUAGUAGCCAGGUCCUGCUUGGAGGGGAGAUUCCUGAGUAGGGCUUUCAGAUCUUUGUCCCGAUCAAUGUCCGACGUGAGAGAGAUGCUGUCUGAUGCCGCCGGGCUGGAGGGCCCUGAGGAGUGCUCCGCCGGGUCGUCCGGCGCCAUAUUGGAGCCUGCGGCCUCAUUUCGCCGGUCGCCCUGAUCCUUGAAAAAUUUGGUAAGGUUGCUGGUUUUCGCCACGGAGUGUUUGCCCGCCGUGUUAGGAGCAGUGGAGAGGCGUUUGGGGUGUCCCAUGUUGCGGUAGGUGCCCGAUGGAUGCGGAUUGCCCUGAGUCUCUUUCGGAGCUCUGCUAGCAAGCGUCCAUUCGCGCUCGCGGUUAGCUCCGCCCCCGUCACUGUUUGUUUGUCUUUGAGAAGCUGGCCGCUGUUUGUUUGUUUGUCUGUGAGAAGAUGGUCACUGUUUGUUUGUUUGUCUGUGAGAAGCUGGCCGCUGUUUGUUUGUUUGUCUGUGAGAAGAUGGUCACUGUUUGUUUGUCUUUGAGAAGCUGGCCGCUGUUUGUUUGUUUGUCUGUGAGAAGAUGGUCACUGUUUGUUUGUCUUUAAGAAGCUGGCCGCUGUUUGUUUGUUUGUCUGUGAGAAGCUGUUGGUUUUGUUUGUCUUAGUUCUGUCUGAGAUUAGGGCCUCAGAAACUGUAUGGAAGUGAUCCGUGCUUUAUUAGUCAACAUGUACAGUAGCAAGAAAAGAUUGCCUUGUCUCGUGAUCGCAUAUUUUUUAUAACAAUAACUGAGACAUUUUUUAAAUACCUUGCAUCCAUUCCGCUUUGCUUUGUAAUUACCGUCUUUUUACUUCAUGGAGAUGGGAACUGGUUUUGUGAUUCUUGCUGGGUGCGUGUAGGUACACUAUUAUUGGAGGGUAAAAUCAUGGGGUAACACUCCUCCGCACUAGGUGUGGGUGCAUGAGAUAAGGAUUGUUUUUUGCAGUAGUGCGCGGAAAGAGAAACCUGCUCGGCCACAAAGCAGUAAAAAGACCAGAGUUAAACAAAAGCAGAGCUUUAAUUUAAUAAAUUGUAGUUUAUUGAAAAACGAAUAGCAAAAAUAAAACAAAUAUAGCCCAGCAGUGAUAAUAGUUAGUUGAAGAAUUCUUCCAAAUCAUCUAUUUUUACCCAAUUUAUAAAGUUCAGGUUUCAAUCCUCGGGUUUUAUUCAAGUGAAAAAUAUCACAAAAACCAUUCGUUAAUAAAGAGUUAUCUUGCUGUAUUCCAUUACCUUAGACCAAAUCAAAUAUGCACUUACAAAUACCUCUUAAUCAGUACACAUCCUUUUCACUAAUUUACACAUUUUCCCGCACUAAAUGACACACUAACACUAAUUUACACACUAAACAAAAUCACAUUAAAUUACGUGAUUUUAUACUAUUUAACACUCUGACACUGACACACACACACACACUACUCUCACACACACACUACUCUCACACACAAAAUACACAAUUUUCACUUCCCCGUCUGCAGCUUAAAGGGGAUCGGUCACAUUCCAGGAUUUUUAAUAUUAUGUUUACUUCUCACUAUGUUUAUUAAUAUAUAAUUGAGAGGUGUGAGAAAUAACAUUUAAUUUAGAAAUCCACCCUUCUUUAAUAUGCAAUUGCCCGCCUCCAUCUUAGCUCCCUGUCAAUCGUUGGAAUAAGCUCCACUCUUUGCACCUGGCAGUCAGCACAGAGAGAGAGAGUACAGAGAAGAGGAGAAAUGAAACAAUUUUUCUAUUUCUCUCCCUCGUCUGCAAUGUUUACCCCAGUUAUUUCCUUGUCUGAAAUAGAUUGCGAUGUCAUUUUGCUAAAUGUAACUGUUUUAGUAUAAACUUAAGGAAAACAGAUCAUCUCGUUUACAAAGGAAAUAGUCAUGGGGUUACUUUGUAAUCUUUCAACGCCAUACCCUGCCUACAGCCCACUAUCUGGGUAAAUACCUGGGUGGGUGCGGGAAGUUACUUCGCAGAUACUCCAUGUUUCUAAACUGCUUUUACAGGCACUGGGCAAUCGUAAAGUUUAAAUUACAUCAUUAAAUAAUUACACAUCGAGUUCAACUUUUAAGAUGGAACUUUUUAUGCUGUCGAUCCAAAUAUGGCAAAUAACCCCAAUUUGAAGUGAUUUCCAAUUAUGUCACAAAAAUGGGGGGGAAAAUAAUUCCUAAAUAAGUAAUGGCAAUCAGAUUUAACCUUGGAUCAACAAAUUACCCUUUCGAUCUCUCCCCUUGUUGUAAGAGAGGGUAACCAGACUGAAUGAGAUGCAAGCUAUUAUCAGAACCUAAUUAUCUUUAUUAAUAUUUCAUAGAUACUGUAUAUGUAGUUUGUUGGGGGGAAAAAAGUCAUUUAAAGUUUGUUUCAGUUUUGUAAAACAAAAUCUUUGUUGACUAAAAGGCAAUCUGAUUUUUCUACAGAACACUUUUUUAAAACGGAGUUUAACUGUUCUGACCCAUUAGGUGUGUCUUGACAAUCUGGGUAGUCCUGUAACCAGAUAGAGCAGCCCAGACAUAGCACUCCAAGUUCUGUAACUGUUUAGAUCAGAUGCUACCAUUUACCUUGUUACAUGGGCAGAAAAGAGACUUGCGUCCAUCAAGUUCAGCCUUACUCACAUCUGUUUUUGCUGUUGAUCCAAAAGGAGGCAAAAAAACAGUUUGAAGCGCUUCUAAUUUAGCAACAAACUAGGAAAAAUCUCCUACAUUACCCCAAAAUGGCAGUCUUAUCUCUCAUUGGAUCAAGAAACUGCUACCCCACAAAUUAGAAAUUAUAUCCCUAACUAUUAUGUUUUUGCAAGUAUUUAUCCAAUUGCUGUUUAAACAUCUGUAAAGACUCUGAUAAAAUCACCUCUUCAGGCAGAUAAUUCCACAUCCUUAUUCCAAAACCCCUUUUCUUUGCCUUAGAGUAAAUCUUCUUUCUUCCAGUCUAAAUGCGUCACCUUGAGUCCUAUGUGUGACGGUAGUAACUGGUAUCACUGUCUAGUAUUCCUUUUCUCAAUAGCAGAGUAUCGCCUAGCAUCCACAGGAAUAAAUAUCGCUGGUAUCGCCAAAUAAUCCACACAUGAGCCAAAGCUUAAUGCUGGAACAAGACUGAUUUAAUGGAAGCAACAGGCAUUCUAUUUAUGCAGUACAAGCUCCUCCUCUGGGCCAGGCUAGAUAAUUGAGUUUCAGCAACAUACUAAACUCAAUUAUCUGCUGGCCAGAAACAUUAACAAUUUUCAACAUUUUUGGAAAUAUACUUUCUACAUGACAAAUGAAUAUAAAAACCACAUCCCUCGGUAGCUGGGGAUACUGGGAGUAACAUAUCCAAAUUGCACGAAAAUCCGUUUGGUAGUUUCCAUGUCGCAUGGUGCGGAAGUUUGACCGCCUUGCCAUGCGGUUGCAUCUGAUUUAGAGUUCCAUGAAAUUGGUAGCAAGAGCCGUUCUCUGUUCGUGCUGGAUUACACGAAAAACACCAUAGUUAUACUGCAGCUGGUUACAUGAGAAUGCUCCCCUUGUUCGGUUGAUUGGAACUCCCGAACGCCGGUCUGGUACUGCAAGUGGAAAUAGGUCAGACGGGACUUCCAUAAAGACCGGGUGUUCGUGUGAGUGCCAUGCCGAAAACAGUUCCAGGCACUCGACGAGUAAGUCCCGCUGGCCGCGUUCGGGAGAUUUAAGAUGGCCGCCAUCCUUUGUUCUUGCCACGUGUUCGUAUGCCGAAUGGCGGCCACCUAGGGGCACUCCUUUGCGUUUUUUUGUGUGCUUACUUGGUGUUCUAAGUUCUGAUUGCUACCCAAGGUGGUCUCCGUUCGGUAUAACGAAUUAUUUCCCGGACACAUAAAUAAAACGAAUAUUUCAAAGUCACUUAAAUGGCAAGGAAAGGAAAUAACCGAAUGAACACAGAUAAAUACAGGGAAAUCAUUUACACUAUGUAUAGCCCUGUUUAUGAAUAGAUUUCCAGACAAUGGUAUGUAUUGGCCCUGAAUAUAUUUGUAUAAUGCUAUCAUAUCCCCUCUGAGGGACCAUUUUUCCAAACUAAAAAGAUUAAAAUUUGUUAACCUUUUGUUAAAUUAAAUUACAUUAAAUAAGAGUCCCCCAAUUACAGCUUCCAUGGUUCCUUUGGGCCAGCAACGCAUCAUGAUCAUGUGAUUUGUAGUUCUGCAAGUUUUGGAGGCCUACCUUUUGGCAGAUUUCCCCAAACUAGAACCUUUGUAGUUCUCGCCAUGAUCAGAGGAAAUAUUAUUACAAAAGGGUAAAGUGGUCUCUGCACAGAGAAAUGAUAUAGUAAGACAGAGACAUUGUAUCCUCAGGCCACAGACUAAUGACUCACAGGAGGCAGGAGCUUGGACCUCCAAUGUCACGGAUCUUGCCUGCACACCUCCUCGCUGUCAUCUUCUAUUUUCUGGUUCCAGUGACUGGGGGCGCCAAAUCAUUUGAGAACAAGAAUACAAAAUGACAGCAAGAAAAGCGGCAAAGAAUAGAUCGUGCCAUCUCUACUUCUCAGCUAAUUAGAACCUAGGAAUGCAGGGGAAGGAAAGGUAGGAGGCAAUUUAUUUAUAUGUAAUAAUUCUAUAAUAAGGGAUUGUAUACUGACAACUACCUGUGUCACUCACCGUUCCUGGAAUACUGAGCCUUUAGCUACAAGUGCAGGAAUAGCUGUUUAUCAAUAGAUUUUUAUUAUGUACAAAGAGAAAAAGCCUGCUUCUAUUAUAGAUAUAUAUAUAGAGAGAGAGAGAGAGAGAGAAAGAGAGAUGGAGAUAGAUAGAUAGAUAAAUAGAUAGAUAAUGAUAGAUAGAUAAAUAUAUAAAUAGAUAGAUAAUGAUAGAUAGAUAGAUAGAUAAAUAGAUAGAUAGAAUAGGUAGAAACUGAUGGAUAACUAGGUAAUCAGACAGACUGGAUGAGUAUGAAAAUAUAAAUCACUUGGCUGUGCCAGAAUUUGCUUAUCUCUCCAAAUGCCUUGCCCAUUCGCUCCUCUAACUAGUGAUAUUUGGUACCCUUUUAAUUAUAAUUUGUUAAUGUUAUUUAUUAUUUCAUAUUUGCAUUUAACUGAAGAGACAUUCCCUAGGAUAUAAAAAUAUGAACCAUAUUGUGUUACAUUAGCAUUCCUUUUGAUAAACAGGUUAGAAUAAGCAUAUUUAGUAAAUAUAUAUUCAGAAUUCCUGUUUAUAUCAUUUUCUGUCGGUAUACAUCAAUGUGCAGUUAGCAGUCCCAUAACUCAUGUUGAGAAUUGAAAGCUGUAAUGAGUGUAUGCAGCCAGUACACUCUCUAACAAUGGAACCACGUCUUUAAUUCAAAAUCUAUUGAGUUUAUAACAACAUUACGAAGAAGAAAAAAAGUAAUGCAGUGAAUGCAACAACAAGAACAACAGUUUCAAACACAAAGGUGGAACUAGGAGCAUAGAGAAAGAUAAGACCAAUGGAAGUUGUGAUACCAGAUGAGGGAAAAGGGCAAGGAAGGACAACUAGAUUCUGGAAGGAGAUGGUCAAUGUCCUAAAGGUUUAUUUUGUGGUGGAGUCUAUGUAGGGUUCUUCAAAAGAAGAAAUACACCUGGUUCCCAAAACCUCUUAAAAUAGUCAGGAGUGUCACUAAGCUUUGCCGUGAGCCUGUCCAUGGACUAAAAGUACUAAAUUUUGAGACUUUUUGCAUGGAAAGCGCGUUCCCCUUCCAGUUCCGUUAUACAAAGCUGUGCUGUUGUAAAAAUGUGAGGUGUAAGUUUGAGUGCUGGUGGAUGAGCAGUUGAGGAGACCUAGACUUGUAUCUGGGUCAAGAUGAGUUGUCUAGGGUGGAGUUUAGAAGACUAAACACCUGAACUAAGUAUGAAGCAGCAAAGGAACAAUAGCAUUCUCAAAAUUUGGAUAUGGAACCCGUUGUGACUGCAGUCACAAGACCAGAAGUUGGACUAGGCGGGAAAAAUAUGGUUUUGGUAAACCGGUCGAUAUACCAAGAGAAGAGGGUUGUCAACCCAUCUCUAUGAUUACUGUCUGAGUUAAAGUCUCGUGGAUAUUUUAUACUAUUGAAUAACAGUAUACCUUGGACAUAGCAUUGUAUCAGGAUGGAAUAGAAUAGUUAAUGGAAAUAUUUCUGCUACUUCAGCGUCCUCAGGCACAAAACUUGGCGUUAGCAUUUUAUAAAUGACUUCCCUGCAGCCGAUGGGAAAGACCCAUUGAAAGGCCACCAUACAUUGGCUGCAAAUAUUGGAAAGACACACGGGUAGGCAAGUUACCAAUUGUAGAAAAAAGGUGAUGUUUUCACCAGAUAUAUACAGUUUGACAUCUCAACCUCCCCACCAAAUAUAGCAUCACUGAAAAGGAGUAUGAAAAAAACAGGGGUUGAAAGGCUGUCUUCGCAUCUAAAGCCAGGGAGAUACAAAUAUUGGGUAACAUUUGGAAGGGAAAGCCAGUCGUGAGGAGGUAAAAUCUCCAAAGGAAAGAGGACAGCAAUAAACCUGGGCAGCCCUUUAUUUAUUCAUUACUGGCAUUUAUAAAGCGCCACAAAUUACUCAGCACUGUACAAUUUAGAAAAGGACAGUACAAUAUAAAAAGAUUGAUACAAAACAUAUAAAGAGGGUAUGAACACAAGUCUGUUGCUCGCAGUCUGUACUAUGAGCGUACUCCACAAAGCUGCUCUGCAGUAACCAAAGGGCCUCCUACACUCCUGGGCUGAUACGGAAAGUAACAGGAGAACUUUUUAUUAUUUUAUUUGUUCAGCAGUUCAGCAAUCCCUUCCCCAAACAUCAGUUAAGACUAGAUGAAGGGUACAACUUUGACAAUCUUUAUUGGUGCACACAGCUAUUAUGCAUAGCCCCAUGCAAGGGGUCUUCAUCCCAAACGGGCAGGUGUCAUAUCCCAGGAUCCUCAAUACCUGAGAGCCAAAGGUGGGAAAGGGGGUCGUUGUGCCUUUGUCUCCCAGGUAGGGAAUUCCUGCCACCCAGACGAGAGGUCUCUCACAAAGAACGACAGGAUAGAGAGGUAGCCAAAGCGUGGGAAAAGAGGUUGCCCCUUUGUCUCCCAGGCACAGAAAAGCUUGCCAAACUAGCCAGUGCCCCCAAAAGUGUCCCCACCAACCACAGAAGUCCCCUCAACGGCAUGAACCCCGAUUUGUCUUCGUUCGCGCAGCUCAGGUGCAGAAAUCUGCAAGGGAAGCGGCUCCUUUCGGGGCACAAAUGCUUCCCUUGGUUGGCGUUCGUCUAUACAAAAUGGCAGCCACCCAGGGGAGCACUCAUUAAUUACUUCCCUUGCGGUUUCACACUAUGUUGCCAGUGCAAACGUUGCGGUUCUGCACUUAUGUUACAAGCGUGAACGUUCUGAGUAAUUGGUGGGAACAUUCUAAUGGAGCACUGGGGUGGUCCCCGUUCGGGAGACGAAUGGAGUCCGUUCGUUUGAACACUCCCGAACAGGAAAACAGGCAUAACACACAAAAAGCUAUGGAAAACACAGUAACAAUCUAAGGGAAACACAGGGAUUCAAAGGGAAACACAAAAAUGAACAGGGCUCUGCUGCAGGCACCAAGUAAUUUCGUCACAACUAUAAAUUCAAUUGUAAUCCAAGCGAUUCUCGAAUUCUUUAGCAAAUAACCCUGAUAGCAUAGGAAAGGCAGCCUAGUCUGCAGAUAUCAGGUUAACAUAAAACAGCUAAAGCUUGAUACAUAACUCCUUUUUACAAAAUGGGUUGGUUUACAUUUACAUUUCACCAUUAAAGUGUUUUCACAUUAAAAUAGCUUUCAUUAAAAUUUUCCAUCUUGUUUGUAUUGGCCUAAUUCUUGCAAUUCCCUUGUCAUGAAGUGUUCAAUGAAUUAACACCAGAAUAAAUUAUAUAUUCCCCUCUGUGGAUGGUGAUGUGAUUGCAUCGGACCAAUUUAGUUGCAUAAUCAGCUUAUUACGGUGCAGUAAAUGUGAUGCAAGACUGCUUUUUACACAGCUGCAUUCAACCAAUGAGAAGCACUAAGACCACUACCUGCUGUGUUGUCGUUUACUUGCCCUCGUUUAACGUAAAUUUCCUGUGUGUUAAUGCUUUUUAGAUUUCGUACAGUUUUAAUCUGGAUCCCCAGUAAUGGAGCAGGGUAUUUAAAAAAAAAAAAACCUAAAAGAGAUUUAAAUAGGAAAUAAUUUCGUUGUUGUAGGGGGGGUCGGAGGGAGAGUUUAAGCUUUCAACAUUUGUGGCUCCUGAAAUAUUAUAUAUUUAGAUUUUUUUCUUUGCCAAAGGUCUGCUUUUAGAUUUGUCUUUUAAAACAUUAGCAGAUUACGGGAUUGUAUUGCUGCAGAAGAGAGUUUAUUUUCAUGAACCAACGCUCACAGCCAAUUCUGACUUUUGCCAUACACAAGUUAAAAGAAUCCGAGUUAUGGAAAAACAGUUCAAUACACUUAUUAAAAAUUAAUUUGUAGAGAUCCUUAAAGCCACUGUAGUUUUGUGAAUGGGUCCAAUUAAUAGGUCACCUUUAACCCCUUCACCACGAACUCAGCUAAAAGGUAUUGACUAGCAAAGAAAUGAUUUAGAGAAUGGAAAAUAAAAUACGUAAGAAAUAAAAUAAUACGAGUAAAAUGGAACAGACACCAAUAUUAUUCAUUAAAGGAGCACAAUGACUUAGCGUUGUUGUUGUUGUGUUCGAUAGUAAGUGUAUCUUUGACUUGGAACAAGCCUUGCACAGACCUGCACAUAUCCUUUAGUGUGGAGCUGGAAUUAUACUAGAGUUAAUGACCGAUCAAUAGGGACCACAGCAGCAGUCUUAGAUAUUUAUAAAGAUAAUGUAUCAAUCUCUGCAUUAUUGUCUUAUCCCAAAAUGUUUUCCUGUUAUUCUUUCCCCCUUUCCUUUUUUCCUGCACAACAUCUUCUCUCUUCAUCUUUUAUAUUCAAUGAGCUAUGCUCCUUCCAAAGCACACGGCUUCCUCCUCACUCUCUGGUUUCUAGAAAAUAUCCAUUCCGCAGACCCAAAUCUUAUACACUAUCGGUGUAUCUUCUUGUAGCUUUAUCUGACGAAGACAUAUUAACGUAAAAACCAGAAUCCCGAUGCUCACCAAUACCAUACCGACACACUGCUAACUCCAAACUGGUGCCACUGAUCUUGUCCCGUAUGAAAUAUACAAUCUGUGUGCAAUUAACUAACUUUAGGGAGGUCUGUAAGUUCCCACAUGAUCACACUGCAUUCUAGCCCCACGGUCUAGAUAUCUGAGCCUGGAGGACCUGUUUCUGUCCUUGGGAAAUGUUUGAUAUCCCUCAUCUUUCAAGCUAUAUCUCUGCUCCCCCUCGACCCUCGAUGUCUUGAUGUAUACAACCAUUUAGCUAGCUUUCUCUCCUAAUUCUCUUCUGGACUAUGGCCAUAAUAUGGCUACUGGCCUCAACAUUCUCCUGAAAGUGCACUUCCUAAAGUAACAGAUGACUAUAACUGAAUGUCCUUUUUCCUUUCUCAUCGUUCUGGACCUUUCUGCUGCUUUUGACACAGUUGCUCACCUCCACCUUCUACAAAACUUAAAUUUCAGUGGUAACCAUCUUACACAUUUCCCUUGGUUUGUCAUAUCUAUUUGUUUGCCUCACCAUUUGGUGCUUUUCCUUGUCCAUCGACCUUCUUCAUUCUGGGAACUGAAGGGAACAUUCCAAGUAACAUAACUAUCACAGCCCUCUAUAGUGGUUAUGGAGCCAGGAGUGUCUUGAUGAAGGCUCCCGUCACUUUAAUUUUAAACUUGGACUGGAAAAGUCAUUGUAAGUUCCAUUUUUAGUAACAUUUGGGAGAACCACUUGAAGCAUUCGUUGUGUUGAGCUGUUUCAACUGCUUUUGUUUGAUUUGUUUAUAGCAAAAAGCUGAAAGUCUGUCUAAUCUCUUAUUUUAUUUAUUCAUAUUACUGGGAUUGCCAGGGAGAAUAAUGUGAAUACAAUGUACACCUAGAUAGCACUUUGCAGUUUAACAAUAUAGCUAGCCACUUCUAAGGGCAAUGAAACACUCAGAGUGCUAUAAAAAGCACACUGAUUAUUUAUUUAUAGUUUUAUAUAUAUAUAUAUAUACUCGUAGUACUAGUAUGGGGUUAUCUAUGAACAUAAUUUAAGUUUACUAUUAAGUGUAAGUAUUUAAAAGGCCACUGCUACUUCUAUCGCUUAUAAGUAUCCAAGGAGACAGUUCAAAUAAGAUCCUGUCAAAGUUUGUUUGUAAAUCCAUGACAUUAAAAGACCCACUUUUAUAAUUCUUGGAAAUAUAAUAAGGGUUAUCUUAGCGAACGCUGUAACUAUUUUCACUCAGAGAUAAGCAUGACGAUCACAUCUCACCAAUUUAUUUUAUUUAUCACAUUCUGUAAAGGAAAUGGAUGAGAAAUCUUUGGGCAUUGUGGCACUUUUUUUCAGUAAGAAUUUGGGAAGAAUUGAAGGGAGAUACAAAUAUUUUAACAAAAUCAAAAUGGAAAAUGUAUUCGACUCCUCUAAUUACGGCCUUAUAUCCGCAGCUCCUUUGCAAACUCUUUGCAAUACUCAGUUUACUGAAGAAGAAACCCAUUAGGUGACAGAAAGACUACUGGCUUAUAAGUAUUUACAGAAUUAAACAACUAUUUCUCGUUAAAUACCCACUUCAUCCAUUUGCCAGUGGAAGCAGCCAUCUUGAUUUUAAAUGAUUAUUCCACUAAGAUUUGGGGGGGACUUGACGUUGGUUGAGGCCCUAUUAUAAGAUAUCUUCCUACACAACACUUUACAGAUAUAUUGUGGCUUAAUUCUACCGUGCUCGGAAGAUAUGUGGAUAUUUAUAUUGUUUAAGGAUCACUUUGCACAACCUUCUAUUCACGCAUUAAAGCAUAGUUGUCAAUGUUCUAAAAAUAAAACUAAUUACAGGGACACUUUCUGCUGGGUUGUCACAAAAUCAAUGCGUCACAUUGCCUUCUGUGUGCGUCGGAUCCAAGAGAAACGCCUGCAGGACAAAUACACUGUGACGGCCGAGAACGGCCAUUUCCUUUGCUGCAGGGCUAUACAUUUGCUCUUUUUAUUUAUAAAAAAAAAAAAAAAGAUUUUGAGCAGAGUUCCUAUUUUUUUGAUUCAUUCUUUUUCAUCCAAGUUUUGUGGUCCCAUCUUUAACACAGAGACAUUUAUGUUUGUUUUAUAUUUGGCAUUUUAGGAAGAGAAUUUCUCAUGUUACUGUUUUUGUGCCGGUCUAGAAAUAUUUAGCCCUCUUUAUUGUGGUGUUUUAUAAUUAUGAUUAUUUAUAAAGCGCCAACAUAUUCUGUGGCGCUGUACAAUAGGUGGAAUAAGAAAAUGUAGUUGCAACAAGACAAGUUGGAUGGACAGGAACAGAAGGCAGUAAGGAGCGUUCUCACCCAGAAUUCAUUUAGAACAAGAUCAAAGUAUAUUAUUUACACAUACUGAUUGCUAAACCAUUUAUUGUAAAUUGAAGACACCAGCCUGCACUGCGUGACUGGCUAUGUGAAUGCACUAGAUAGCGCUGGUCACCCAUUUGUUUUCGAUAAGACAGUAUGUACAAAAGAACCUUGUUUGUGAUACUGCAGGUAGCUUCAUUCAUGAAAAAUACGUUAAUGCCAUUGGACAAGCUUCGAGACUCGAAAUAGCAGAUGGUAUUUGCUUAUCCGGUAGUUUAAUUCUUUUUUUUUUCCAAAAAUUAAGCUACUUGUAACAGAUGAAUCUACAUAUUGCAUAAUGAUAUGGACCUAGAGAUAGUUCAUAUGUCUACUUCGCACCACGCCAACGGAAAACAAUGUGAGGUCUAGGAUUGGCUACGUAUCUCAGCCACUUCCUGUGCUUUGCAGAAUAUGCAAAUUUGCAGCAUUCAAUGUGAGUUAUUUUGGUUAAAACUCCAGCCUGGAGCCUAGUUUUGGAAAAUCAGGGUAUUUAACAUUGGAUUAGUGGGUUAUAUUUAUAUACAUUGCAGGGCCGAUAUUGAUGAACUGCAAUUACCAUGAUCCCGGCAAGAAUUGUGGGAGGUUGAGUGAUGUUCACGAUAAAUCACUGUCUAGAUAAUGAUUGGCUCCAACUGAGAUGAUCCAGGCAGGUUUAUUUUUAGAUACCGAUGACUCCAAAUUACUCGAUCAAAGCAGAGAAUUAUGGGAGACAGCUAUUACCGAUACAGCUGGAAAGCAGCAGGAUUAUUAUCCUUGCUUUAUGUCAUUAUUAUUAUUAACAUUUUGUAGCACCAACAUAUUCAGCAGCGCAUUACAAUUAUAGAAUGAAGAUAUUUGACAAGUAGUUAACACACAGAAUAUUAACAGACAGAAGGUGAAGAAGGCCCUUGUCAAACAAGCUUACAAUCUUCAACAUGAAACGGGCACAUUGAUUUUAAGAUCUGUAGCAUUGGUACAUAAUUUACUCACACAGCGUUUGUGCCAUCAGCGGAACACAUUUAUAACAGUUUGGUUUCACUCUUUGCCAGGAAAUAUCUUUCACAUACCUGCCUAAUGGAAAAUUUAUGAUAUGUAGCACAUCAUUACAGUUUCAUUAAUUGAUAGCUUUUUAUUUUAAAAUUGAUCUGUGAUCAAUAGCAGAGCAUUUCAACGAAGGUAAUAAAAAAUGACGGCCUGUUCUGACUGCGGAGAUGGAGUUACGUCUGAAGGCCCAGUUCUUAAAUCUGGAAGAAAAAAAAAAUAAGGCUUUUCAGAAUUUCGCAAAUGUCCAAACUUUUUACCGAUAUGGAAAAUGUUCAAAACAUUGUAAUACAUACCUUAAUGGAGAGUACACAUGUUUCAGAAUUAAGACUGCUACAACCAGAAUUUCUUUCUGGAGAAAUAACUUUUCUCAGACUGAUGGGCAGCUCACUAAAAAUUCUGCUCUGUAGUAUUCAGCAUUCAUAUGCUGCAUAAGGGAAAACAAUUACUUAAUACAAUACGUUACUGCAGGUUGCUCCUUGAUUAGUGAGUGUUGUUAAUUCCCAUCACCUAUAUAUUCUAGGGCAGUACUUUUCUCGCAUAGCCCAACAGGCUGAAGAAAGUAUUUCUGUCCUUGGAAAAAAAUGUCAGGCUGUGACAACCAUAGAAACAUAGAAUGUGACGGCAGAUAAGAACCAUUCGGCCCAUCUAGUCUGCCCAAUUUUCUAAAUACUUUCAUUAGUCCCUAGCCUUAUCUUAUAGUUAGGAUAGCCUUAUGCCUAUCCCACGCAUGCUUAAACUCCUUUACUGUGUUAACCUCUACCACUUCAGCUGGAAGGCUAUUCCAUGCAUCCACUACCCUAUAACCAUAUUCAAACCUAUCUUUUGCUGCAAGAUACAUCGGAAUUAAUCAGCAAAUCAGCCUGAUAUUAAGUAACCUAUUAAAUUCUAUAAAAAUGAUAAUUAAAGAAUUCCAGGUACAAAAUAGCAUUUUGCUCCUGCAGUCUUUAACCCGUUGUUCACUGCAGUAAACCCAUCCCCUAUCUCCUGUUUAUUAUGUCUUUCCUUUGUGCGAUCUCUUCCACCGUCCCUGAUUAAUCCUCUUGUUGCCAGGAACCAUACUAUAGUGAAUAAUGUUUCUGGUGGGAUGUAAUUGUUGACGAACAGCAUGAUGCUGAGUGCUAAGCAUGUGCCCCAGCUGUGCCUUGUGAUCUGCCUCUGAUAGCAGCUGCAGAUUAGCGUUAGUGAUCAGCGAGUGCCAAGGAUAUUGUAUUCUUCACACAGGAUGGGAGCACAUUGUCAUUUCAUCACCAGUAAUAUGGGCCUUUUUACGAUGACAAAAAUCUAUUUUUUUUUCAAAUGCAUUUUUUUCCCCUUUGACUUUAAAAGCAUGCUAUACUUGCGUUUAUUUAGUUUGUGUGUCAUUGAUAGCGAUCAUCAUCAUUCUAUAAAGACAGUGUUUCAUCAAGCUCUCUGGGAAACCAUGAGAAAAUAUCAAACUGAUUAAAGUAUUACUUUGCCCUUGUAAUGUCUAAUCAAAUAUGAGUUUGUAUUUUGUGUUAGUGUGAUAAGUCCAUUUACAUAUUUUGUUGGAAAUCUCUUCAUCGAAGAACCUGUGCUUAUUAUAAUCUUCUUUGCCCAAUUCAUACCUUCAUAUGCCUUCCAACAAUAAUAAGGAAUAUUAUUCUAGAAUGCACUUAAAGGACCACUAUAGGCAUCCAGACCACUUCAGCUUAAUGAAGUGGUCUGGGUGCCAGGUCCAGCUAGGAUUAACCCUUUUUUCUAUAAACAUAGCAGUUUCAGAGAAACUUCUAUGUUUACCUAUGGGUUAAUCCAGCCUCUAGUGGCUGUCUCAUUGACAGCCGCUAGAGGCGCUUCCGACUGUGAAAAUCACAGUGGGAAGACACCAGCAUCCAUAGGAAAGCAUUGUGAAAGCUUUCCUAUGGAUUGGCUGAAUGUGCGCGCGGCUCGUGCCACGCAUGCGCAUUCAGCCGAGGAGGAGGAGAGUCCCCCGCCCGGCGCUGGAGAAAGAGGUAAAUUUAACCCCUUCCACCCCCUAGAGCCCGGCGGGAGGGGGGCCCUGUGGGUGGAGGCACCCUCAGGGCACUAUAUUGCCAGGAAAACGAGUAUGUUUUCCUGGCACUAUAGUGGUCCUUUAAGAUCACCUAAUUAAUUUCACGAGUAUUUCGUUUUCUAUAUUACACUAGUAGAAAGUUGAUGAUAAUAAUGGAAUGAAGGUAACUUUGUUGAAUUUCUCAGUUUCUAACCAACAUUUGGUGUUUCCUUCUCUUCCGCAGUGAGAUUGAACCAUGUCUACGACCGGUAACACCGGAGAUACCAAGGCCCAGUGCUUGCCACGGAAUGGGCUGGUGAAGAUUCCUGGCCCUACAAACGGCUUGGGGUCCGCCAGCAUCACCAAAGGGACACCGGCAGUCAAGAACCGCCUAUGCCAACCCCCGUCUGUGCCCUCUAUUCUCAGUCAAGCUUUUCCCAAACAUCCCGAACAUGUUAACCCUUCAGUGUUACCGAUCCUGCCGCCACCUCCCACCCAUAGCAUACCACUGGGCCUUAGUCCAGGAGAAGAGAACAUUCCAAACCUAUGUGGCCCUUCAGUUGAACAAGUCCAGGGCCAAGGGAUGGACUGGCACUUGGCCCUUGACGAAAAGAUACUCAACCGGCUAUUCUGUUACUUUUCUGCGUGUGAGAAGUGUGUCCUUGCCCAGGUGUGCAAGACUUGGAGGAGGGUAUUGUACCAACUUAGGUUCUGGGUUGGCCUGACACCAGUCUUGCAUGCCAAGGAACUUUACAAUAUACUGCCCACAGGAGAGAAGGAGUUUGUCAGCUUACAGGGCUUUGCUGUCCGGGGUUUUGACUCUUUCUGCCUGGUUGGGGUAUCUGACCUGGAUAUCUGUGAGUUCAUUGACAACUACCCGUUGUCCAAGAAAGGGGUGAAAUCUGUGAGUUUGAAGAGGUCAACAAUCACUGAUGCUGGACUGGAGGUGAGGAAUUAAUAGGAGGCAAAUUAGAUUAUUAUUAUUAUUGUUUAUUGAGAUUUUUUCAGUCAAUACCGUUUAAAUUUUUUGGGGGGUGAGAAGUCAAACAUAUUUAUAAAUAACAUAUUUUAUUACCUGAAUGAUGAUCUUCAUUUUGCUAUAAUUCCACCCAUGCUACCAGUUUUGUAUACCCUGACCAGCUGCCCCGGGUCUGGCUUUGCUGUUUUUUUAAAUCAAUGGGAGUCCAGCUCUUGGUAUUUCAUGAUACAACCAACUUGUGUGUGCAGCGUCAUAAGUAAAAAUAUAUAAAUACACUACAUUGCAGAGGUUAGUGAACAACCUUGACAAUAUGCACACAUUCAGAUAAAGUCGUACAUUUGCAACAUGUAACACAGUGAUAAGCUUUAAAAACUCGUAUAUGUCGUCAGCUAACCUAAUUAUAGCAACUUUAUAAUGUGUGACAAACAGAACGAACUAGUUAAAUAUUUAUCAUUAAACUUGGUGAUUUUCAGCACAAUAUAAUUAAGCUGAUUAAAUAUGAAAUAGUGUUUUCUAGGAAUGAUUAGUAAUUGAACAGUAAUUUGUUUUAAAUAUUAACGCGGUUUUACCAUUUCCAGCCGAGAGCAUUUUAGUAGAUAAUUUGGCGCCAUAUAGAAUAUCACGGCAGAUAGCACCCGGGGCCAAAUUAGGCAAAUGGAGAGCAUGUGUGGUUCGUUAGGGCGAUACUUGCUCUGGGGAUUGUUCACUGAAUAGUGUGAUUUUUACUUAUUUUAAAAUUGAAGCCAAAAUAGCAGAGUUGGAAUAACCAGAAGAUAAGUGAAAAUAGCCAUGGAUAAUGCCUAUUAAGUUACUAUUUAGUGAAUAAACCCUUUAAAGUUAUUUGACUCAGAGGACAUGCCAAACAAAUCUGUAUAUUCAAAUCAAAUGAAAUUUCUGUUAUUUUGUGUCAAUCUGUGCAGCCCUGUUAAUGUGAGUGAGGUAGAGGGCCCCCUAAUGCUCACGUAGCGUGUUAAGGGUUUAUCUCCUUGGAAGGCAGUGUAUUAUUUCGUUGGCAGGAAGUGGAGGACUUCUUACCAUGCAAGUUGUCUCUGUCUUCUGCUUCCUCUGCAGGUUCCCCACCCUUUCCUCCAUGUUUCCAGAUGUGGCAGGUUUUUUGUAGGUGCGACACUGAGUUUCUCUCCUCUCCUAAGCAGGAGUGGUUUUAGUUGCCGGUGGCUUGGCCGGCUUAGUCGAGCUAGCCACUCUGUCAGACCUCGGUGGCUGUCGGUACCUGACUGCGCCACUGCUCUACUGAACUGGAGAUUUUUAUCUCAAUCUGUGUGGAGCCAUUUGCAAUAUCUACAGGGUAAACUGUACUCUGUUUAAAAAGGAGUGGACAUGCAGUCAAGGGAUUCCUGGUUCAAGUCUGGAAAUUACACAAGAUAGGGAACAGGUUCUAAGGACAUUCCAGACUCAAAAAUGUUAGCUUGCUGAAAAAGUGCAGAUUUCAAUAGAAAUUAUAAAUGAAUCUUGUUACACCCCCCUGGCUGUCAAUCAGACAGCUGGUCCUGUUACUUCCUGGUUUGGUUAGCUCAGAAAAGAUAAACUCAAGAGGCAGCAACUGCCCAGAACACCGUGCAAAGACUUCUCAUUGAUCUGCAUUGGAAAGUCUGUGAUAGGACAACCACAGAAAGUUUGGAUGGGGUUAAAAGGGCAGGGCUUGCAAAAGGCAGCAAACAAGAGAGUUGACGUUCUGCAAGCUUGUUUUAAAUAUAGUUGUAAUCAGCAUUAUUCAACAUCCAUUGAAAAUCAGGUUUAUUGUCAAAAUGUACAGACUUUCAGCUGUUUGCAAUGAAUACAUUAAACAAAAGCAAUUGAAAAAGCUAAACACAAAGUUGCAAAUUCAACUGAAAAUGCAACGUAUAAAGAUAUCUGCAUUCUCAAAAUUAUUCAACCCCCUGAAUAGAAUCCCUUAAAAACAGCACAAAUAUGAAAAACAGGUGUUGUCUCAAGCACACCCGAUGCAACUAAUAAAGGACUUCAUUAGUUGCACCAGAUGUGCUUGAGCUGUAACACUUGCAAUUGCUGAACUGGCUAGGGAUUUAUUGAGUGUCACAACUUACUGUAUGUUAUAUAUAUGGCCAAAUCAAAAGAACGGUCAACAAAGUUGAGAGAAUAUAUCACAAACAGACUCUUCACAAACAGGAACAAGAUACAAAAAAAAAGCGAAGACACUGAAUGUUCCUAGACACACCACUGGAAGCUUAGCCCGCAAGUUCAAAGUUGAAGGAACAGUGGUUACACUACCUGGAUGGGGCAGAAAAAGAAAGCUAUGAAUGACUGCAACCAGAUUUCUGAGAAGGCAGGCUGUGAAAAUCCCUCAAGUGACUGCAGCAAGAUUUGUUGGCAACAGACACUGAGGUUUCAGUGAGCACAUUGAGGCGUGUGCUAAAUGUAGAACGUUUUCAUUCCAGAACUCCAAGCUGUACACCACUAUUGGCCAAAAAGCACAAGAAAAGUCAUCUCCAAUAUGCUCAAAAUCAUAUAAAUAAGACAUAGACGAUUUGGGAUUCUGUUCUGUAGAGUGAUGAAACAAAUCUGGAACUUUUCAACCCAAUGGAUCAGCGGUAUGUCUGGUGGAAGAAGAAUGAAGCAUACGGUGAGAAGAACGCUCUGCCACAAGCAUGGUGGUGGCUUGGUAAUGCUCUGGGACUGUUGCAUCCUCUUGCACUGGAAACUUGAAAAGUGUGGAAGGCAAGAUGGAAUCAUUAACCCCUUAAGGGUACAUGACAUGUGUGACAUGUCAUGAUUCCCUUUUAUUCCAGAAGUUUGGUCUUUAAGGCGUUAAAGUAUCAGGAACUCCUAGGAGAAAACAUCAUGCGGUGUGUGAGGAAGCUGAAGCUUGGGCGUCAUUGGAUAUUCGAACAAGACAAUGGUCCAAGCAUACCUCAAAUUCCACCAAGGCUUGGUUACAGAAGACAUCCUGGAAAUUUUUGCAGUGGUCAUCACAGUUACCUGACUGAAAAUCUCUGUUGGGAUUUGAAGAAAGCGGUUGCAGCACGCAAACCCAAGAAUAUUACUGAACUGGAGGUCAUUGCUCAUGGGCAACGGGCUAUGAUUCCUCAAGAACGCUGCCACAAGCUGGUGUCUAGCUUUGCAUCUCGUUUGCAGCAGGUCAUAAAAGCAAAAGGGUGCUCUACUAAGUACUAAAUAUGCUUCCCAUGAAGGGGUCUGAUAAUUUGAGACAGGAGAAGUCAUUAUAAGUUGCAUUUUUAAUUAAAUAAGGGAGACCAUUUGAAGCUUUCAUUGUGUUUAGCUAUUUCAAUUGCUUUUGUUUGAUUUGCUAAUUGAAAACAGCUGAAAGUCUUUAAAUGUUGUCAAUAAACCUGAUUUUCAAUGGGGGUUGAAUAAUUUUGAUUACAACUGUAUAACACAAAUGAAAAAAUGCAUAAUUAAAAUGUAUGUAUGUUAAUGAAGAUACAGUCAUUUUUACACAUAUUUUGUGUAGGUAAGGUUACUGGUAAUUAUAUAUUUUUUAAUUUAACAAUUAUGAUCCAUAAACCCACCUGAUAUGUCCUUCCCAUACAUCUUUCAUUGUUUGUCUAUUAGCCCCCCAAAUCUUUAAUCCGAGAGGCUGCACAGAAUGGGGUUUCUGGUAGCAGUCUACUGUAGGAAGAUGAUGUUUAAGAUUAUACUGUCUGGUUGGGGACAUAUAAAUAUCUCCCCUUACGUAGGCCACAUUGAACAGUGACCAUGCAGUGAAUCCCUACUCCAUUUGUAUUCAUGUGGAAGUUUUGGGAGUAAGAUAGGUCCUAUUACUUCCUCCUAGAGACCAAGUUGGCAACCUCUCCCUAGUCUGCUCCCCUUAGAUACCUGCAACCAAAUGGUAGGCCAAAUGUUGAGUGGUCAUAAAUAGCAUGUCUAGCACAUCAUUCAAUUUGUGUGUGUGUGUCUGGCAAAGAGUAUCUAUGUAUGUUUGUCUAUGAAUGUUUAUUUGUCUGGGAAUGUGUGUGUCUCUGUGAGUAUGUGUGUGUAUUCAUGUCUGGGGGUGUUUGUGUCAGUGAUAGCAGACCUGUAUAGAUUUAUAGAAUACACUAUCGAAAGAACCACUUAGCAAGGAGAGAGUCUUAAACUGCUAUCUCUAUGAAGCCUAGAAGAGUCAAUCUCCGGGUCACAUUGUACCACAUUACAGGAUUUGUCAUUGAGUGAUUGACCUACUGCUGCUAUUGUUAUGGUGUUGUUAGGUAACUUUUGUAAGUUCUGUCUUCAAUCUCCCUCAGGUUAUGUUGGAGCAGAUGCAAGGUGUUAUCCGACUAGAGCUAUCUGGCUGUAACGACUUCACGGAGGCUGGCUUGUGGUCAAGUCUCCAUGGACGUAUCACCUCUCUGAGUGUCAGCGACUGCAUUAAUGUGGCCGAUGAUGCCGUGGCAGCCAUCUCACAACUCCUGCCCAACUUGGGCGAGCUGAACCUCCAGGCCUACCAUGUAACGGACACAGCACUGGCUUACUUUACUGCCAAGCAGGGUCGUGCCACCCACACGUUGCGCCUCCACUCAUGCUGGGAGAUCACCAAUCAUGGAGUUGUAAACGUGGUCCACAGCUUGCCCAACCUCACUGUGCUCAGCCUUUCCGGGUGCUCCAAAGUGACAGAUGAUGGGGUGGAGCUGGUAGCAGAGAACCUUAGAAGGUUACGUGGCCUGGAUCUCUCAUGGUGCCCACGACUCACAGACACAGCGCUAGAGUAUAUCGCCUGCGACCUGCACAAGUUGGAAGAAUUGGUGCUGGAUAGGUGCGUAUGGAUCAAACAGAUAUAUUUCAGGGGUCGUGGGCAGGGGUCCCUCUAAGUACUCAAUUCAAACACCAGGUAUGGUCAUUAUAAAGAUUCCUUAACUGUUUGAAUGUUGCACUGCAAACUACUAUGUUUUAGAGUGAUAAAAAAUAAAUGUCAUAAAAAGAAAAAUUAAUGUUAGAAGUAAUCCAAUUGUUAUGUCAUUAAGGAAUAGUGCUAUGAUUUGUAAAUUAGCAGUAAUGAGGGCUAUAAAGUUAUUUUAAAGGUAACAAGAGAACUAUGCUCAUUUCUGUAUGAAUUGAUUCCCAUAUCUAUUUAGGAAAGAAAGCUUUUUCCAACAUUUAUAAAUUGUUAUGUCAAUGUUUCUGACAAUAAAGAUAUAUUUGAUAGAGUUUGCUUGUUUAUAUCGGGUUAGGUGAAGAACAUGACUUGUAUGAGAUUUUACGAGCAUUUAUCUUCUGUACACACAUUAGGAAAUGAAGAAAGCAGCAAAAAUGGGCAGUUUAAAGAAAAAUGUUGUUUCUCUGUUAUUUGCGCCAGUUUAAACAUGUGCCGUUUCUUGCUUCUCCUCACAGGUGCGUACGAAUCACAGACACUGGACUGAGCUACCUGUCUACCAUGUCGUCCCUGCGCAGCCUCUAUCUUCGCUGGUGCUGUCAGGUGAGGAAAUAGGAAAUAUCCUAUUAAAAUAAAACUAACACAUGCCGUCAGAGUUCCUGGCUUUUGUGUACAUAUUGUGUGCAAAGCCAAAACAUUUCCUCUCCCUUAAUGUUGUGUGCAGAGGCGUAACUAAAAACCACGGGGCACUAGUGCAAAAAUUGCCUUGGGCCCCCACCCCCCACACAUGUAGACAAACAGAUACACAUGCAGACACACACACACAUGUAGAUACACACACAUACACACAGACACAUACAUAAUACAGACAAACACACACACAGAGACACAUACAUACAAAAACACAUACAUAUGCAUAGAGACACACAUACAGAGACAUACAUACAGACAUACACUAACACACAUAUGCGAAAUGUUUUAGUCACCCUCCUGUUUCCUACCUUUUAGGUGCAGGAGGGUAACUUCCCUGGGGUCCUGUGGUGGCUCAGGCUGAUGGGAGUCAGAGUGCCCACUCCCUCCUCUCUUCCUCCCGGUGGUUGCUGGGAGGAAGUGACCGGGGCAGGCUCUACCUCCCAGCGUCUGAUCUCAUCACAGGGGGCCGUUCACGCUGUUAAAGAUCUGCAGCACUGACCGGGCCCCCUGGUAAUACUUUGCCAUCCGGUGGCCCUAAAAGCAUGGGCCACCUGAUAGACCCUUUCAAUGCGGCCCCGGUAGUUCUACCGCGCGGGCUGGGGCCGCAACACAUGGCGGCGGCACCCAUUCGCAGGGGUCUGCAGGGCGACCGGGCCCCCUGGAGUGACGGGCCGCGGUAGUUCCGCCACUGGUUGUGUGGCAGCAGUGGAGUACAUCUAUUAGGAAGUGUUAUUCUUGAAAACUGCAUUAUGGUGAUCUACAUCCAUGUCAAGUGUGCCAAGGGUAUAGAUCUGCUGUCAGAAUGCAAAAUAUGUAGCUGUAUUUUCACUGUCCCAGUUAAAAAAGAUCUAGUAAUUGCAUUUCUAAUUUGAGGGGGGAAAUAAUCUAGUUGUAAUGUGUCAAAGAUGCAAAUCUAGUUCCACGCUGUAAACAAUGGUCUAAUUCCAGUAUUUCAAUGAUGUAGAUCUAGUUACUUUGGGUACUAAUGAAAUCUAGCUAGGUAUAGUGUGUCAGUGAUAUAGAUCUAGUUACAUUGUGUACAAAUGACAUGCACUGAUCAGCCACAACAUUAAAACCAUUGACAGGUAAAGUGAAAAUCGUUGAUUAUAUUGUUAGAACGGCACAUGUCAAGGGGUGUGAUAUAUCUAUUGAUCUCUCCCUGCCUGAUCUCUAAAAUAGCAAGCCUUGUGAGGUGUUCCCGAUAUGCAGUGGUUAGUACCUACCAAUGUGGUGCACGGAAGGGCAACUGGUGAACAGGUAUUAGGGUCAUGGGCGCCCCAAGACUCACUGAUGCACAUGGGCAGCGUAGGCUAGCCCAUCUGGCCGAUCACACAGAAGAGCUACUGUAGCUCAAAUUGCUGAAGAAGCUAAUGCUGACCAGAAAGGUGUCAGAGCACACCGUACAUUUCAGUUUGCUGUAUAUGGGGCUGCGUAGCUGCAAGUUGGUCAGAUGGCCAAUGAUGACCCCUGUCCACCGCUAAAAGCGACUUCAGUGCGGACGUGAGCAUCCAAACUGGACAAUGGAGCAAUGGAAGAAGGUUGCCUGGUUUGAUGAAUCACUUUACUUUUCGAUCUGGUGGAUGGCCAGGUACAUGUGCAUCUCUACCUGGGGAAGAAAUGGCAGCAGAAUGCACUAUGGGAAGAAGGCAGCCCAGUGGAGCCAUUGUUAUGCUCAGGGGAAUAUUUUGCUGAGAAACCUUGGGUCCUGACAUUCAUGUGGAUGUUACUUUGACACGUACCACCUAGCUAGAGAUUGUUGCAAACCAUCUACACCCCAACAUGGUGUUCCCUGAUGACAGUGGCCUCUUUCAGCAGAUUUAAUGCACACUGCUGUACUGCAAAAAUUGUUCCGGAAUGGCUUAAGGAACAUGACAAAGAGUUCAAAAUGUUGCCUUGGCCUUCAAAUUCCCAAGAACUUAAUCCAAUUGAGCAUAUGUAGGAUGUGCUGGAACAACAAAUUUGAUCCAUGGAGGCCCCGCCUCGCAACUUGCAGGAUUUAAAGGAUCUGCUGCUAAUGUCUUGGUGCCAGAUACCUCAGGACACAUUCACAGGUCUUAUGGAAUCCUUGCCUUGAUGCAUCAGAUCUGUUUUGGCAGCACGAGGGGGAGUAACACAAAUAUUAGGCAGGUGGUUUUAAUGUUGUGGCUGAUCAGUGUAUAAUUAGUAAUAGUGUGUCAAUGACGUCGAUUUAAUUCUAGAGUGCUAAUGAUGUAGAUCUGUGUUUUUAUUAAAAUUCGGAUGUAAGCAUCAAUCCAGAUUGUAUAAAUAUAACAAGAGGAGCAGCGAAGGGGAUUCCUUAAAUCCCAAUCAUUUUGGUGGAACUCAAAGGCCGUUUACAGAAAUACUAAUGUAAAUCUUUCACUCUCUAUGUAUUUCUCAUUGGAGACAACGUCUCUGAGAUCUGGAGAUUAUUCAUUUGUUUAUCUGCAAAUCUUGGACUUUUUACUGUUGAUACACCACAGACCAACUUGAGCAAAGAGCAUGAAUGAAAUACUAUGAAUGAAACUGAACACACGAUUGUUGAGUACAGCAUUGUUCCAGUAUAGUAUACCGUUACAUUCUGUCCCGUUAUCGAUGUAAGAAAAUUAUUGAAUUAUAUAGGUAGCUAUUCUUUUAAGUAGUAGAUUUAAAUGACAACCGCAAAGUACACUAUGAAGAAGCUAACCACAAGGGGGCAGCAGAGUCUAACCAUUGUCACUACUAUAUAUGUGGAGGGUAGAAUGUAAAGAUUGUCAGGGUAAACAGAUAUUUUGCUUACCAUUCAAAGGGAUUGGGAACCAAUUGUACUUUUUUUUUUGUAUCCGAACCAGAAUAAUUACUAAAUAAGAGUCGUAUUCUAUGCACUGCUCUUGGCACAGGGCUAUAAAUUCCAAAUUUAGAUGCAAAUAUACCUAAAUUAUAUUAAUAUAUUAGAUUUAUAUGUGAACAUUAUAGAAACAAAAAAAAUCCAUACAAACAAAAAUAAAUAGAACGCAAACAAUAACAGCUAGAUGUAAAUGAUAUAUAAUCUAAUCUGCUCUUUCAGGUGCAGGAUUUUGGACUGAAACAUUUACUGGGAAUGAAGAGUUUGCGCCUCCUAUCCCUGGCCGGUGAGUUUAGCAUUUAUGCACUAACCAUUGACAGGACAAUCUUAAUUUAACAGCAAUGCCAUAACUUAACGGGUUGCAGGGGAUACAACUGCAUUUGAAUCAAUAGCCUUUCAUAAUUCUACAUCCUGUAUAAAUAUUUUGUUGGUCUGGUGAACAGAUUGCAGACAUCAUUCACAGGUCCUAACUGCUAUGUCACAGGGGUGAACAUCUGUUUAUCUUCCAUAUAUAUUCUUAAAAAUAAAUGUAGAACUUCUCAACGGAAUGUCUAAAAGAAGUCCCAUGUGCCUUUAAAAAUAUAAAUGCCCCUUCCCAUAGCUGGUCGAAAAAAAUACCUGAGUACAUUUAGAAAAAUACCAAUAUCUGAAUAUGUUUCAAAUUCUUUUUUCUUGAAAGUGGAAUUGCUAUUUUAUUUUAGCCAUUGUUCUAAGCUGUCCAUCUAUUAUCUGUGUCGAAUUAUAUGAUAUCUGAUGUGUCUCUUGUCAGGUUGUCCUUUGCUCACAACCACUGGCCUCUCUGGCCUUGUCCAGCUUCAAGACCUGGAGGAACUCGAGUUAACCAACUGUCCUGGUGCCACACCGGAGCUUUUUAAGUAUUUCUCCCAGCACCUGCCUCGCUGCGUGGUGAUUGAGUAAGGUGUGGAAGCUGACAGUCUGACUCUCAGAGCCUUCUCCCUCCUCCGAAUCAUUCCUAGCACUGACCAUCUGAUCGGAGACUUUGGCACAGUGGGGAGUAGAACUCCCAAGCUGCGAUUUGCUGACAUACAAGGAGCGCAAGAUCCUGGGAGAUGUUUCACACUCCGGUUUUGUGAAGACCUCAUUUCAUGUCCCGAAGAAAGGGUUGUAUAUUUCCCACACCUCAUCUCUUGUCUUCUCUGUCGUGGACUGUUCUGAAACUCACAAGUAGAGCCGGCUCCCAUCAGAAACCCCAUCAGCGUUCUCUAGAAGGAUACUACUGUGUGAAGUUGAGUGCAGCACGUAGUGGAGUUUUUCAUGCUGUCCUGACAGUGGUGGUCCUCCAUAUUUUGUUUCAGAGAUGGUUAUUUUAGAUAGUUCAUUCCGGGACUUAUUAUUUCUGGAUAUUUUGGAAUCUUGACACACAGUUUGGAGUUAUCACAGAUCAGUAGAACCUUCAAACACAGCUGAAAAUAUGGAGAGGUAUUGUUAAAGUAUUCGUGAAUUGUGGCAUUUCUUUACAAAGAGCAACUGGAUGGCCAAGGAAAGGGAUCUGCAUGCAUGUUGGCAAGCUUUUGUCAUCGUCUGGUGGUUUAAAUGAAGAUGGAGAUUCUAUACAAGUCCUGUCUUGUCCCACAAACCUAUUUCUGGUUGACUGUUUACACCUAGUCCACACCAGCCUACUGUAUACAUGGUUUGGAGAUUGCAGUGGCUGCUGUGGCAUCCCCUUUCUGCUAAUAAGGUUUUUCUUUGUGGAAUUGUAAGAGAAAACCUCACCGGACCUUGCUUGGAAUCAUGGAUGGUGGAGAUAUUUGGCAUUUCAAGCAAUCAUAUGAUUGGAUGGAUCUGAAAAAUGCAUUGGAACAAUGAGGGUUCCUGAACAGACCUGAUGACCUACUGAUAAAAAGGUGAUGAUGAUCACGGUACAAGUAAUCAUGUAUAAAAGACAAAACGGGUAGACAUGGCAUUUGGAUAUGGAGAAAAGAUUGACUAGAAGGAUCCUAAGCAGGAAAUGCCUUGUACAAACCUUUGCUUGGAUGGAGAGUAGUUUUCUCUCUCAUACAUCUUCCCGGCUUGCCCUAGUGCCUGUAAAUUACUGCUCCUGCUCGUCUCUCUGCUUCCUUCAAGAAAAGAGGAUAGACCAUUAGAUAUCACCGUCAGGCCUCUCCCUAACUCAUCAUAUGGGAGAAGCAGUGUGAUUUUUGUUACGUGUCUGCUUUUAACAUCAUUGCCCUAUGUAGACCGUACAGCAGUUCAGUGUAACUGGAAGGUCAAAUGAUGACAAAAUAGUAUAAUUAUGCGCCAGGGGUUAUUUUCCUAAUCCUGUCUCUUUUUGUUUUCACUUGGCCCACUGUCUUCCCACUGCCCAAGCUAUUAUACAUAAUAUCUAUAUUUCCAUCCAGGUUUUCACCCUAAAUCUUUUUUUUUUUUUAUUUGAAUCUGACCAAUCAUACCCCACCUUUUCUUGAUCUGCACCCUAUACCCGUGUCUGCCUUCUGUAUUCUACAAUAUGAACUCCUUUCUACUCUUCGUCAUCUCCAUGCCUCCUCUUUCUCUUUCCAUAAACUUAAUCACUUGGUUUUGUUCGCUCUUUUCAUUGCCUUCACACUCGCUCUCUCUUCAUAUAUCACAGUAUGUCUCAGUGUAUAUGUGGCUGUCCCCUAUCUGGCACGUCUCUUCCAUUCUGUCCCUUUUUUCUGUGUCUCUCCUUGCACUGGGUGAGCCCUGUCUGUGAAACACGCUUGUGCUGUCACUCAACAUGCUUUAAAUAUAUUGAAAUAUAACUCCAGAUUUUCAGCCAGAGAUAUAUGGCCAAUGAUCUGUGUUUGGCAAAAAAAACAAUAAAAAAAUAAAAAAUAUCAGCACACUAUCUGGGUAGGUUCACAAAUCUGUGUGUAGCAUUACAGAAUUUACACUACUGCUCAAUGUCAGGAAUAUAGAUGGCUUCUGUACAACAGCAAAGUUCUAAAAGCAGUGCAAUCGCCAUGGAAACCAAUGGAAUGUUUCAGUUGCUUAAACCUUAUUUAGAAUUCUGCCCAUAAUUGCUCAUUAUACAGAAUCCUAAACAGUUGUGUAUUUAUCAUAAAAACCUAGCAUUUCAUAAGAACUGAAAGGUCUGUGAAUUCUGCCCAUUCCCGAGGUCAUGAAAAUUGGAAAUGGUACAUUAGCUCUCUCAAACAUGGCCUCUUAACCCUACAAUAAGCGGGCAAUGUGCUAGCCAGCAGGCCUUUCUGACAUAGGAAAUGGGUUCUUAUUGGAGUAGCUACUCCAUAAAAUCUUUAUAGUACAAGGAACACUCCCACACCAAUAACAAUUUAAGUCCCAGUGUCUUCUUAAUUUCAAGAGUUAAGCCAUUUGGCAAUGUUUUGUCAAUGAUGGUGGGUCUUCAGUGCCUGGCACCGCAGUGUUAGGGAGGUUUAGCUGAGCAGCUGAUGAUGCUUAAUCCUAUCACUGGGUUCCCAUAGAGAGAAACAGUAAAUGCUAUUUCUCUUAAUGGGAGGCUAGGGAUAGGCUGAGAGUAUUAGCUGAUCUCCAGCCAUUUGGCUAAUCCUUCCUCAUACUUUAGUGCAGAGGGCAAGGAGCCCCAACUUCAGUGUUAAACUGUGGCAAAAUGGUUAAACCUCUGAAGUAAAGAGUCCUCUUGUGCCCCCAUAACAACUUAAAUUGUUAUGGAGCUUCCUUUUAAAGGAGUCUGAAAUACAAAAAACUAAAACAUACCAUCGGAAUGUAAUGUAUCAAAGGAUGUAAACACAACGAUAAGUGUUCCUAACUGUAAGGGUAACAACUUGGAUUUAAUGGAUUAUCUAAGGUCCUGCACCACCUUACACGAGGAAACCUAGAUUGACUGCAGUGUGAUAUCGUCAAAAGAAAACAUUUACUAAAGGUGCCAGAUCUGCAACCCAAUAUCUGACAAAGUGGCAAGACCACAUAAUACGCCUGAAGACCGGUUUUACUGUGACUUAGUAAUAUUUUGGGCUGAGUUUGUAUGUAAAAAGUGGAGGUUAAGUGGGAGAAUGUCAAGCCUUGGCCAGCCAGCUAAUGUUGGAUAUGUUUCCCGGUCUUUGGUUUGGAAGAGAAUACUGGAAAUUGUAGAACGACCUUAGCUGGUGAACCAAGGUUGAGAUUCCUGAUCGAGAGCAUCAAGAACCAAGAUGCACAAGCAAAUGAAAGUGAGAAGAAAAAAAAAAGGUUGUUUGUUUGUUGGCUAAAUUUUGUCUUUGACUCACUAUACUGUCUCACAAAUAUUACAAUGGAGAAAACAUGAUUGAUUUACAUAAAAGACAGACUAGUGAGAUCGGAAAGGGGCAAAGUGAAGACAUUAUAAACACUGAAGAUGACAGAUUACCCUCGCGUCGGAGACUGCAGUAGAGUAACAGAGAUUGACCACCACAUAUGUACAAAGAAGGUGUGAAAAUGUUGAAAUUAUUCUUCAAUCACUUCUUUCAUUGGCUGUAAGGAUGCCUUAACCCCAAAGGCACCAAUGGUAGUCAAUGGAUUCAUAACAAGACCGUUAUUAAGGGUUCCUUGUCCAUAACAGAAACCACGGUACCUUAAUUAGAUUUAUAGAUACCUGCCAAUGCUCAGUGACUAGUUUAUUUCAUGCUGGUGUAAUGUCUUUAUGGACAAGAUUGUUACAGCUGAAAUUAUAUAUGGUCCUUAAGGCUUUAGUGGUAAAUUCUGUUUUAUUUCCUUAGAAAGCAUAUUUUUUUAUAAAUGAUCUACAACUGUGACCAGAAUGGACAGUUUUGAGAUUCUCUCCAAAAAUAUGUGACAGCAUCUCCCUGACUCAAGAUGUUGCCAGCAAUAUAUCUCAGGCUACUUUAUACACAGCAUUACAUAGCAUCAGAAUCUUAAUUAUAAUUCUGCCUCGGGUUCUUUUUCCUAAUAUAGUCAAUUUUGACCAACAUCCUGAUCACCAACAUGGUUUUUGCAGAAUUGGAAGCUUCAGGUUAAGUAGCAGUCUUCAAGUAAAGAAAAAGAAUAGAAAAAAAACCCAAAAAGGAAUCUGCCAACAGUUUAUACUAUAACAACGGGUAAGUUAUUGUGUUUAUGAGCUACAGUGUUUAUUCAUUUUUAUAAUUCAUUCAGGGCACUUACGUAUCACCCUAAUAAUGCAGAAUAUUCCUGUUUUAAGACAAUCACAGUCUGAAUCAUUUGUGAAUUCCAGGAUGGGAAUGUAAGAUAGUGCAUAAUAUAUAGAGUAACGCGUACAGCCAUUUUAGAUCAUUAGUAUUCAUUAUUCUCCAAUAAUUGCACUUAUCCAGAGUGUUUUGUAAACUCCAGAUCUUUUUUUCUAGAUUUAGAAAUAUUUUUCAAAACAAAACAGACUCUCUCUGAAAAGGAACUAUUAGGAAAAUUUUAAUUUUUGAUAUCUGAAAAUCUCAUGUUCCUCUCCUCAUUCUAUCAUCUUAUCACAGACCCUCUUCUCAUUCAACACACCCUUCCUCAUUCCAUGUUCAUUAUUAUUCAUUCUACUCUCCACAUUCCAUCUUUAUUAGAUCGACCAUUCCAACCUCUUUUUUCCCCCCAUUUUCCCACCCAUAUUUACAACUUCCUCCCUCCCUUUCUUUUACCAUCUCUUGAACCUUCAUGAUUACAUUACACGCAUUUCCUUUUCACUUGUCCCUCCCUAUUAUUUACCACAAACUUUCUUCCCUUUCUCUUGCUACUUGUCAUUCCUUCUCAAUCUUUGAAGCCUGCAUCUCAGAAGUCUCACCAUUGGUUGUGUUUAUGGCUGAAUUUUGGUGUGCUCAUAAACAAUGACAAAUCUAGAAUAGAAUAUACAGGAAAUUAUGACAGAAGACUAAUGUGCCUGCCGCGAAUAUAUGUAAAUUUGGCAUUUUUUGUUUUAUAAGUUAAUUUCACAACCAAUUAAAUAUAUCAAAGUGAAAUGGUGAUUAGUCAGUCAAUGUCAAUGAAACACAUCAGACUUUCAUCUGGAUUGGCAUAUCAGACUAGUAUAUUUUGAUGGUGCCCCGUAAAACUUGGUGACUAGUGGGCCUCAGAGAUUAAAUUAUUGUCUAUUUCGAGAUAUAAAUUUUUUUAUUUUUUUUAAAUCUUCAAAACCAGUACCUUUUUUCACAUAAAUAAUUUUCCGAGUUUACCACAUUCAUUGAUAUAAAAUACAUAACCUAUAGAUAUAUACUUUGGUCACUGAUGGUAGCAAGUUCUAACCUCAGCCUAGUCUUACUAGUGCCUUUUUUAUUCCAAAGUCAAUAUAAUAAAAUAAAAUGAAAAUACAAUUUCCAUUGAACUGGGUAAAAGGAACCACUGUUUGUAAAUGUCACCAUUUGUUUAAUUCCAAGACUGUGUGCUAAGUGCUCUAAAAUCCCAUGGUGAGAAAAACACUAUAUAAAAAUCAAUUAAAAUUAAAAUGUACGUUUAGUUUAAUAAGAGACGUAUCAAGAUAAAGCAGCAUUUCAAAAUUCUAGAUCUAAAAUUUAACAAAAGAUUACACAUAGUAAAAACAAGUAAAAUGUACCGAUUAUUGUGAAAUAUAAAUGUUUUCACAAAGAUAAAAAGAAACACAUCAUUAAUUAGGUUCAGUAACUUUGGAGUUGGGAUUAAAAAUCUUGAAGGGAAUUCCAAACAUUAACACAAAAUAUCAGAUUAAAAUAUCAACAUUUUUCCAUUCCAGCUAUUUUAAAGUUAAAACUUACAGUUCUCUGGUGAACUAUCCAUAAUCCCUAGUGCGACAGACAGAUCACUUUGAUAGAAUCCUAGUGGUUCAGUAGGAAAUAAAGACUAAUAAUGCAUCUGUUUUUCACAUAUGACGUGUGCUGCCACUGAUCCAGAAGAGGAGAGCAAAAAAAAAAAGUGUAAACGCAAAGCAGUCACUUGGAGGACUAUAACUGAGGUAGGUAUUAAACACACUUUCCUCUAGUCUCCAGGCUAACUUGCCUCGUAAUAAGCCAGGAAGCCUUGCAUGGUAUUUUCAGUGAACAUCUUUUUCCAUACAUACUCGUGGGCACACAGGUGUCUUAAUGGAAUGGAUGCAUGGAAUCAUGGGAAGAGAACAUUAAUUUACAUUGGAUGCCAGGCUGAGCCUGAUUUAAGUUACAAUUUUAAUCAGGGCUCAUAUAUAUACAUGUCUGAGUUCCUUUAUAGAUUUCUGUAGAACUUCUGUGAGUCUGCAGCGUAAUAACUCCUACUACAUUCUCACUCGAUCUUACGGACCAGGUUAUUUAUCAGGAAUUCAAAGUAGAUUUCAAGUUUAUAAAUAAAUACAGUAGCUGGAUUGGAAAGACUCUGUAAGUCAGCCAUGCUUUUAUUUGAACUAUUUUGGUCUAAAGACUAAAAUUCACUUUGAAUUAUCUUUGAAUUCCCAGCAUUUCUCACUUGUGUAAAUACCUCUGUGUAUUUGGGCCGACAAAACCUCUCAGGAAUUGGAGUGGGAGCAUCAAAAACCGUGGGCUAGAUCUUCCUUGAUAACCAUUUCAUGUGCAAUCUUAUGUGAUAUAUUUAGAAUUUAUGUAUAAAAAUAUACUAUAAAUGACUUUAAAAAAAGACAGAGACGAAAGUGGAUAUGGUGAUUUAAUUAGUCUUGGCCUCUACUGGCUGCCGAGAUAAUGAUGUAUUUUCACAUCUGUUUUAUCCAUAUCCCUUUGCCAACAAUUAUUAGUUGUAAAAGUUGGGGCGGAUUUCAUAAGCGCUUCCAGCCUAUCAUUAGCAUCUGAGGAUGGAUGGCUUUGCCUCGAUAAUGUAAAAUAAACUUGCAAAUGAUCUGAGCAAAGGCCGGAGAAUUUCAAUUUUUAUAAAAUCACUCAAAAUGGUUUGGUAAAACCUUAGCAGACUGCACCCAAAGGCUCUUUGCACCAUAACCACUUCAUUAUAUGCUUUAGUGGUAAUCAUGUACAGAGUGUCCCAUUAAAAUGAAUAUUUCAAUAUUAAAGUGAUAGCUAGAUGUACAUAAAGAUACAGAAAAUUUCAGCUAGGUAAGUUGAAGCCAAUUGUGAUGAAAAAGUGUAUAUAGAAGGCAUGCAUUAAGGUAAGGAUGAUAAAAGGAUGCAUUUUAAUACUUCACUCUUGCUGUUUCAGCGUAUUUUAAUUAGUAAAUAAAAAAUAACGGUAUCGCCCACAAGAGGGAGACGUGAACACACUCUGCCUCCCCUUGGCCCAGUUUCCACACACACGCUGUGCUCAGCUGUUUUCUUUAACCCAGACUGCAAUAGAUGAACGGCAGAACACACGAUUACAGCCGGGAUUUUACACUUGUGGGAUGCUGAUGGUGGGAAAUAUUCAUCAAAAGGAACGAGUGCCAAAAACAGAGAGUCAGUCGAAUUCCUAGAUCCCGUCUAGCACAGGAGCGGUGACCGCAUGGCUUAUUUAUUCAGUUGCGAUUUAUAAAAAUUCAUAUUUCAGGGAUUGCCUCAGAUAAAAUGAAGAACUUUAAUGAUUGCACCAUUGACAUUUUUUUAAAUUGUCCGUGAACAAAUAGACAAUGUGGUCACCCUAAGAGAGAUGGGCUCGUAGUUGUAGACCGGCCUAAUAAAUGAACUCACUCAUUGAUAAAAUGUCAGCCAUUGAUCCAGGAUUUAGUGCGAAACGAGCACAAAGGACUGCGCAUGAUAAUUUGACAGCGCUGAUGUCAUUGUGAAUAUUCAACAUUCCUGCAGUGAAACACGCAGACUCAUUAAUUCACUUCCCAGAAUCCUUUACUGCGAUGGGAAAACAAUUUGUGAAUACGCAAUCAGCCACUCUAUUACCCAGAAUCCUACAUUACCCUGGGAAAUCUACGAGUGAGCAUGCUACAAUACAUCCUAUUACCCAAAAUUCUCUUACUACCCUGGGAAAAAAAAUGGUGUCAAUAUUAAAUAAGUUAUGCAAUUGACCAGAAUCUUCAAUUAUCCUAAGAAAACUUUGUCUCAUUAUGCCUUAAGUCAUUCUAUUACCCCAAAUCCUUAAUACUAGCACUAAAAACCAGUGGUUUAUUUUAUUAUAAUAGUGUUCUCUAUGUUUUAUCGCACCCGUAAACAGUGCGAGUAAUGCCAUAACUCAGAAUUAUCUGCAGUGCAAAAGACUGCGGUGGAGAUUUAUCAAAGUAUCGUGGUCGAAAAAAACUGGCCCAAUCGUGAUAAAUCUCCCCCAAUGUUUUGCACUUUCUUUAGUACAAAUUUUAAAAACGGAAGAUAAUGAUUUGCAGUACAAAAAAACAAACAAACAAACAAACAAAUCAUAUGAUUGUGUUUAUAACUGUGCUAUUUUGUUCCUGUAAAUGAUAUAAUAAACAGUUUUGGUGUAAUUCCCUGAUCCGGUCACAGGUAAAAAACAAAAAACAAUUUGUGAAAUAAUAGGGAUUUAAUUUUGUUGCCCUCCUUGUAAGAACCCAAAACAGAUUUUAGUGAGAUCCUUCAUUUUAAGGUUACUAUCGGCUACGCUCCCCUUCCCCCAGUGACAAGGUUCGUAACCCCAGCUGUGUUUGGCUGUGCCUGGGGUUUUAAUGGGACUGUCCCGGGUCACUGGAACACAGCUAAGAGGGAGGUCACAGCUGCACUGACCAAGCAGCCAUCUUACCCCUAAUUUACAUUGUUUGUCUCCAGGGCAACCAUGUUUCAAUGAGAGACUGGGAUAAGGCCUUAAAUUAAACAGGACCUUUGACCUUUUCGUACUAACCCUAGCAGACAUAAAGGGGGAUUAGCUGUAAAUGUGGCACAAUCACAUUUACUGUGUCUGUUUUGCUGUAACAAUGUACCUGUGCCAAAUAAUUCUGCUAUGCAGCUCAGCGUUUAUGUUUUUGGUGAAGGUUUGUGUAAGAAUUUUGAUGCAGUCAGUCAAUGAAUAUAUAAAGAGGCAAAAAAAAAAAAAAAAUGGUGACCUUACAAUAUUUACUACGACUGGCAGAACAAUUGGAUUUUCAUUCUGUUUUAUACAUAAUAAAAUAGAGUACGCUCAAAAAAGAAUUAAUGGCAAGAAUUUCUACAUUCUAAAAAGAUAUACACACACACACACACACACAGAGACACGCACCUCCCUGUGUUUUCCAUUUUAUAAAAUAAUAUAUAUAUUUGGUGCCCAUGCGAUUGUAUCCUAUUAUUACUAAUGGAAAAUACCAGUAAGUUCGUUUAGCCCAAGGGCAAGUUAGACAUUGCGAGACAAAAAAAACUAAAUAACUUAAUACCAGACAUACAUUUAAUAAAUAACUAGUAAGUUUGGGUGAGUUGAUUACUAAAUAGGAUAAUAUUGACAAAUCUACCAGACUGGAGAACAAAAAAAAUUAUAAAAACUUGAACCCUUUUCCCAAUUUCCCUCUUUGGUCUCUUUUUAAAUUUCUUAGUUACCAAUAACUUACCAAUCGAUGUACACAGACACACACACAGAUAUACACAAAUAAAUAGAUGCACAAUGAAACACACGCGGAUACACACACAGCACAAUGACAAAUUACAAAAUCACACAAAGAUACACGCACUGACAAAAUCAGAUACAGACACACAGAAAUAAAGAAAACACAACUUUCUAGCUAAUUUAUUGUGGGCCCAGGGAGGCUACGACGGCUUCUAUUCCACCCCUGGAAUAUGGGACAGGAUCAGAAUAUAUUUUACCUGGGACAGGAGCCCAAAACAUGGGACUGUCCUGGCAAAUUCGAGACAGUGGGCAACAUUAAGAAUUACGUAGCUAUAUGAUUUUUCCCUGUGCAUUUUUAUUCUCUAUUUAUUAGUUUUUAAUGGCUGGGUAAUACACGGGUCCUUUGGUUGUCAAUUUAAAACAAUUCAUGCUUUAAUAAAUAUCACCGAUAGCAUAUAUUAAUUUGUUCUUUGCUGACUAAUAUAUCCCCCCUCCCCGUCCUCCUGGUGACUGGCCGAUUCCCAGCUCUGUUUUCCAGGUCGCUCUGUAUUCCGAGACCCAUGCUCACUGCGGGCAGUAGCUGGGCCUAUUCUGAAGGGGCUGUCAAUAUUUGAACAAUCCCCUUGUGAAUUUAAUUGGGAUUCCUUCACAUGGGAGACAGAGAGAUGGUAACCUGACCCCAUCCCCCUCUCCUUCCCUUUCCUGUGGAUAACGUCAUUCUCAAAACAUGCAGAAAUACACAGACAGGCACAAAAAAAAAAAUGAAAGAGGGAUGUGAAUGAAGAUGCAAGAAGACCUUCAUUCGGCUUCCACUGGGGCAGGAAUAAGGGCCAUUGUCAACAAUGAAAAGAGGCACCGAUAAUGCACUAGACUAUUAAUCUGGUCAUGUAUGAACGAUGGUAGCUGCAGGCCAAGAUUUAUCAAAGGGAAAGGAGAUCGUCAUUUUACAACCAAAAUAAGGGAUAGCGGGGUUUUAUCAGAUUACCAAUUUAAAAAUUCAGCUAAAAGAAGAUAACCUACAACCUAAUCCAGACUCUAUACAAAUCAAAUUUAAGGAUAAAAUAUCAGAGCUGUGAUUAAUGGAGAGUAGGAGACGGUGUCCAAAUUAGUGAGUUUUGGCAAAUCUCAGCACCAUGUCUUCGGUUCAUAUUUAGGAUUAGGGAGCUGCUCUGGUGGGUGAGGGGUUACCCCUGUACUUGAAAUGUGUCACCUGGCUGAGAAUGAUCAGACUUUCAGCUUGUCGCUUCUCUAAGUAACCUUUUCAAUGCCCGGCGGGUAGAGGUAUGGCUGUACCUGGUGUUCUAAGAAUUAAAGUUCAUCUACUUUGUUCUCGCAAAAUAAUUUGGGUUUUGUCUGAACUUUGGUGGGUAAUUAGGAUAUAAUAAAUAGAAAAACUCCUUCAGAAUCGGGGGUUAAAAUGUAAGAUACCUCAAUGUACCCCAUUCAUGUCUUUCAGUGCACUGAACACUACGCUCCAAUGAACCCACCAUGAUCACAAAUUUGAAAUGUUGCCAGUAUUCCAUCUGGAGAAUUGACAAGAGUAUCGGAAAACUUAGGCCAAACAGAGCAGGGAGCCGAGGUAGAGCCUGGGCAAGAUGGACGCCUAUUCGGUCAGCUCUAUGUAAAGUUGGUAGAAACUCCCCCCCCGCCAAAAAAACACAACUAUUAUUUACCCGAUACUUGGGGGAUUUCUGGAUAUUUGAGCGGAUUGUAUCAAUGUAAUAUGGGAAGAAGGAUGAAAGAUCAACGUGGCAACAGGCACCCAACAUUAGAGUCCUUAUCAGAAAGGACAAAUAGCCUGAGCUGUACAAGAUGGUGGACAUGUCAAUCUCCAUUUAUGUGUCCGAGAGACUCCCACGAGGAUAUUCAAGCAGUGUGUUAUUGCCAUAUUCUUCCAGCGUAGCUAUUUCGCAGGAUAAUUUGCAGGUCCCAUUUCAAGUUACUGCAAUCCUAGAUGUAGGGUGGGGAAAAAAUGAUAUAUUGGUAAACACUUACGGUAUUUUAUUUUUAUUAAAUAUAUAUUUUAGGUACAAGAAUCCCAAAACAAAUACUUCUACAAUCCCAGCAUGCUUUGUGAGGGAGUGUGUCCUGCCUGAAGAAUAUUUAUGCAAUUAGCACAGUAUAUAGUCUCAGGCCUCAGAUCCAUUUUCGUGGUUUGUAAACAGGUCCAGAGCCAAGGAGGUUAAUGUAUGACCAGUGCUGACAGUAUGAUAGAUGAGCAUGAGACUCCACCUUUGGCAGGACAUCGGAUACACUGUCCCCCUGCCCCCAUCGUCUCAUCCUAGAUUGGAAUACUUGUAGAAAUAGAUUUUUUGUGUUCUUAGCCCCAGGACACACAGAGAUGCUCAGUGCUAACAGGGCUGUGCCUUCUGGUACACAGUGGGUUAACGUUAAUAUAUAGCUCUUCUGCAUUCAAUGAUAUAAAGACUCUCUCCACUAAUCACAUUAAUCUUCCUAUGAUAGAAGAUGCUCUCCCGGAUCUUCAAUAUAAUUUUAAAGGGGCAUUCUAAGCACCAUAAACAGUACAUUGCAGUGGUUAUGGUAUGAUCAGUGUUUGGGUGCCGUCUCACUGGUUUGUGCCAAGCUGUUUUCCAGCGAUAUAACAAAAAAUUAGACUCAUACUUCUAAUAGUUCAAGUCUGGCCCUUCUGCUUCGUCUCGGUCAAUACAGAAGUGGAAUUUUGAGAUAGGCGUCCAAUUAUGGGCAGUGAUAGGCUGAGAUUGCUGGGCAUUCUGGCUACUAUAAUUGCCGUAUGAUGGUUCAUGCGUACAUUCACUACCGCAUUAGCUGAUCCACAGCAGAGGGGAUGGGGUGUAGGACCCUGGAUAGCAUCAUAACCAUUGUGAUAUGAUCACAGCUAGAGUGGGUGUACAUCAGCCUACGCAGUAUAGAGGCAGAUCCUAGAAAUCACUCACAUUUUUUCAAACCAGGAAUUAAGGAUUAAUAUAAUGAGAAUGUUGUCCUUAUUCUAUAUUCCAUAAAUACUAGGCAUUGAAACAUUGUGAAAGACAGAUUGUGAACGCUCAGCAAUUAGUUAUUAUCACGCUGUCCUGCAGAGACAUACAGGGUAGUGUAAUCACGUAAUCCUGCAAACUAAUGGCUGCAUAUAGAGACCGUGUCAUAUACACUAUACACAGUGUAAUUUAUAAAGAGAGCGCAAGGGAACAGGAAAAAGGAAUAAGAGAUGGUGUGAGAGACAGUGAGAAAGUGAGGAAACAAUGAUUGUGAGGGAGAAUGCAGGAACUAAAAGCGAGAGAAUGCAAGUGAAGGGAAAAGAUUUUGAAGGAAUGUGAGGGAAUGACUUAGUGGAGAAGGCUAGGGAAUAAGAGUGUGAGAGAAAGCGAGGGAAAAAAACGCCACUGAGAAUGCCCUACACUAAGGGGUGGGAUAGAGAGGAAUACUAUGUUGCAGAGAUGGGAUGGUGUAACAAGGGGUAUCGAGGGGAGGGCACUCACCAUUCGCAGAAGGAAGGCUAGGAACAGGUUUUCCCUUCCCGUCUGCUGUUAAACUUUUUUUUUUUUUAAAGAGAUAAGUUAGGGUUAGUUAGAGCCUGUUACUUACCUGAGAGUUAGUGUCCUAAGUGACCCUUCAAGAUGGCUGCGGUGUCCAAGGAUGCGUGAAGAGCUUUUCCGGUUUGGGCGGAAGUGACGGAGAAGCACAGGACGUCUGGGACGAAGCGCAUAUGGGAUGGACGCAUGUUGUGGAGUGCUGACAUUACAGGCCCCGCCAUCAUGGAACCCGGAAGUGGGUGAAUUUUUACAAUCGGAGCCCAAGGAGAGCUGGGAAAGGGCUGAAGAUGCUGUCCUGAGGCCAUUACAGCACAGGAGGGGAUCGGAGGCUACUGUACAGUAGCAAGGAGAGCUAGCAACAGGAUGGAGUCGGGGUCCGGUGCCUGUGAUAAGCCCAGCAUCUAGGAGACAUGGCAGCUGGCGGACCGGGCAGCUGCCAGAAGAAUCGGAUUCGGGAUCCCAGGAGGAGUUGGAGGACCAGGAGGCGUUGCCUAGAGUUUGCAGCUCGGAUAACGAGAGUCUUAUUCCAGGUGGCGUUCGUUUUUAGUUUUUUUUGGAGCCUUGCAAAUGGGGGAGCUAGUAGCUCCCAAUCGCCGUGCGGUUGCCAGGUUGUUAUCGGAUGUGCGUUGGUCUGAUAGAUUUGUGGUGUAAGACUGAUCAGGUCGGGAGAGGUCUCUGGCUCCUGGUGGGGGUGAAUUUUGCCCGGGUUGGCCGUUUCAACGUUUUCGGGCGGUUCGGCUGUCGUCGGUUUCAUUAUUGGUACACGCGGAUGGGUCCCUGCUUACGUGGUUUCAGUUCACGUCGGUGCUUGGGAAAGCGUUGGUGGCUUGUGGGCGAGAUCCUACCAGUUUCUCUCCUCAUUCUUUUCGUAUCGUGGCUGUGAUGCAAGCUAGCGUCUUAGGUUUUGCGGGCAGGUAGAUGGUCAUCCAUGAGAUAUCAGCUGGAAGUGCGGCCUCAUUUGUUGUGAUUUGUUUCUGGGUGUUCCCCCUGCUAUGUAUGGAUAUUGGGACAUUUGUUUAUCUAGUGGGCAGCUCGACAGGCAGAGUCACGCUCCUAUGGACGUAACCUGGGGACUCCAGCAGAGUUAGCGAGGGUUCGCUGGAGGGGUAUUCGGGGGUUGUCAAGGUUUACAUGGAGUGCGUUGCCCUUAGCAGGUUCGUGUCAGGGUCUGUCACCAUUUUCAUCCAUGCGGGGGGGUAAUGAUCUAGACUGGGUUAGGACCGUGGAUUUAGUGCACUUUGGAAAGCAUGUCUUGGCAUGGUGCUUGGCAUUGUUUUCGGAGUGUACUUUAAUAUGGUCGAAGAUUGUUCCCCGUCCAUGUAGGCAAGCCUUGCCGCAUGCCAGGGAUUUGGAACGGAGCAGACGCAAAUUCAGUGUCACUAUUUCCAGGUGUGGGCGUUGACUUGGUGGUGUGUCGGUCCGACAGGUGGAGCUGGAGGGGGCUUAAUCAGAUAGGAUUGGAUAUUUUAAAAUUUGGGUCUACAAGCAGGAAUAGAACAGGCGCUGACUGUGGGGGGCGCGAGACCGACAGAUGGGAAUAAGGGCCGGCAUCGUGGUGGCGGAGUUCCUGGCCAGCGCAAGUAAUUCACGAGACAAGGCUUUGGGGAGUCAUAGCCUGCUAGGGCUGAUGGCGGAAGGCAGGCUGUACGAACUCUGGAAAUACACUGUUUUAUCGGUCUGUUGGGUAAUCACCCCAACAGCCGACAGGUGGUGAUAAUACUGGCAAUGUUUAAAGUUAAAUCAAAUAAAGCUGUGGCCAUUGCCCUUAUCCAACACUCCGGCGUCAUGUCAUUAUUGGGGGGGGUAACGGGAAUGUAAUUUUGUCAGCAGUCAUGAGAGAGAGAGUAUGUAAGAGAAAGUGAGAGAAUAAGAGAAAGUACAAGAGAAAGCGAGGGAGCGAGGAUGUGAGGGAAUGAAAGUGUGAGAGAAAGCAGUUAUGAAUAAGGAAUUGUCAGGAAUUCAAAAGGAAAUUAAAAAGGUUAUCCCAAAAUAGACACACAAAAAAAAUAAGCGUGGAAGCAACUGUUUUGACUAAACUUUCCUCCACAGUUUCCAUUUUAGUGAAUAAACCAUUGUGCAUUAAUAAGUAAGUGAUCUGGAAAAAAAAGUUAAGAAGUCUGACACACAAUUCUUUCUAAGCUGCCACUGCAUUUCAUUCGGAUUUUUAUUGGCGCAGGUUUAAAUACAGCAAAACAUUUACACAUUCCGACCAUUGUAUUGCGCCAUGUGAAGACUGUCGCUGGCAACGAAUCUUCCCACAUUAAACAUGCAGAUUGUGUAGGAGGAACUGUCGUGUACUCGUCUUUAAACUAUAAGACAUCACAGAGACCUUCGUUUCCUCUGCUUAGAAAGACCAAUAUACAAAGUCAGAACCACAAGAGCUUGCGAUUCACCAAACGGGAGAGUGAGGAAAACUUUUCCAUUUAAAUUAUUCUGGUCUAAAAUGAGCAUAUUUUCACAAUUAUAAUAAUUUAUAUAGCACCAACACAUAUUCUACAGAGCUGUACAUCUCGGUCAACUAAUCUCUGGCUGAAAGAAAAGGAACGUAUCAAUGAUAACAAUAAAAAGGUAUAAAAUAAUGUAAUUUAUGAAAGUGCUUAGAUAUUUAUCCAUUAAAACAGUGAAGUAAUAUUUAUUUAGGCCAUGUUUACUAGAAAGAAUAAAUCAUGAUUUUUGCUUUUAAGCGAUUUAAAAAAAAAUAAUUUUUCUAGUUUGCCUACAUAGAGCUAACACAGUCAGUAGCGCAGGAAAAGAAAAAAACUUUUUGUUUGACAGAAACAUAAGUCUAAGUCUAAGAUCAUGUUGCCAACAAUCUGUAUACAACGGACAGCAAAAAAUAAAGAAUUAAGAAUUCAAAAUGAAUUUUAAAGUUAAGGUCAGAGUAGCCAACCCAGAAAAAAAAAUCUCUAAGUCAGCUAUGAUGUAAGUUCCCUUACUCUGACCUUAAAUUUGAAAAUCACUUAAUUUUUACUUCAAACCCUUCAAAUCUUAAAUUUUUCCAAUCCUUCUAUUUUGGCGUAAACAUGUAAUCCACUUGUUAUGCUCAAUGUUUAUUUAGUUCUGUGACCAAAUCAUUUAGAUUUUUAAUAUUUUUUUUUUUUUUUUUUAUAACGGUGCAUUCUAUUCUGCGGAGCUGUACAACGAAGAUAGCAGCAAAUAAUUCAUCCAGACUCAGCGGUUCUGAACAGGCGCAGUGUGUUUGUUCAGGAGGCACACCUGCUAGAAUUAAUUGUGAACUUGUCGUACCACCCAGAAAAAGAGCGUCGGUAGGGGCACCCAUUAAUGGCUGUUUUAGGAAGCAGACACCAAAUUGUUUCUUCCUGAGGCUGUCAACACGUAGCUAGCCUGUAAGAUAAUUAUAUUCCCGGUCUCUGAUUGACAAAUUUUAUUUUAAGGGAAAUUAAAACCAAAGAUUGUUAUGCAGCAGAGUUGCUUAAUUUUUUUUAAAGAGACAGGACACAUUUCAUGUGUAAGUUACAGAGUAGUGCGUGUCCCGCAGAAUUAGUAAAAAAGAAAAUAAACAAACAUUCUUGGAUGAAACAGAUAAAAGAAAGUGGCCAGGCUAUGUGUUGUGGGUUGGCAGUGUGGAGGAAGAUCAGACGGGAUCCUCAGUUAGAUGUGUCCUUUAAAUAGUUAUUUCAUGAAAACCACCCAAGAAGUCGAGUUACUGUAUAUUGUUCCCAAAAUACUGCAAUGUGUGUAGGCAGCAGUAAAUGCCCGGCUGUGUCCAAACAGAGUGUUAUUUAAAGGACAGGACCAGCUCUCAGUAAAGGCAGGCACCUGUUCUGGAUCCAUGGAUGGUCAGGAUUUGUCUCAGCCAUGACCUACCUUGCAGCCUGGGGUAGGAGGGUGUGGUGACAUUCUGAUACACCACAGAGGGUAUCUUAACUGGGGUGUCUGGGGAAUGGGGUCAGGAAGGGGUUAAAGAGAUUUAAAUCUAAUGGUUUCCAAUGUAAGCAACACAACUACAUUGGAAACCAUGAGAUUUUGGCCACAUGAGUACAUUCACACACAGGAAUAUACCAUACCUCCCAUGUGUCCCUAUUUGAGAGGGACAGUCCUUAUUUUGUUCCAAAAUCUUUGUCCCUCUGUUCGAUCCUAAUGUCCCUCUUUUCUAGCAGCUCAAUAUUGUUGGUGUGUCUGAGUGUAAAACAGAGCUCCACAGCAAUAAUACUCCCAGUAACAUGAGUGUAUAACAGAGCUCGACAGCAAUAAUACUCCCAGUAAUGUGUCUGAGUGUAUAACAGAGCUCCACAGCAAUAAUACUCCCAGUAAUGUGUCUGAGUGUAUAACAGAGCUCCACAGUAAUAAUACUUCCAGUAAUGUGUCUGAGUGUAUAACAGAGCUCCACAGCAAUAAUACUCCCAGUAAUGUGUCUGAGUGUAUCACAGAGCUCCACAGUAAUAAUACUCCCAGUAAUGUGUCUGAGUGUAUCACAGAGCUUCACAGCAAUAAUACUCCCAGUGGUGUCUAAACUACAAUAAAUGUGUUUAGAAAUCUGUCUGUGUAAAUAAGAUACAUUGUGCUUGUUCGAAAUUACAUUUAAUAAAGUUAUAUAAAUUGUUAUUAAUAAGUCAUCUAUAAUUAGGAUAUACUGUGACACAGCCAAAAAUAACACAAUCUCACACACACACACACAACAUAUUGCUACACUAAAGACAAUCACACACAGAAAUAUACUCUUGGGCAAACAAAAACAGCACAAUUAAACGCAGGAACAUACGGAUACACUGAAAGAUUCACAAACACUACCACAAUGACACACAUACUGCUAAACACAUUAAUACAGAAUAACACACUGAUUUGUACACUUACAAAAAUACAUAAUUUUGACUCUAUUGAAUGUAGUUUUUCAAUGCAUUUUAUCCAUAUCACUUCACCCUGUAUUUUAGGAUUACCUAUAAAUAAUGUAACUGUUUUAUAGGAAUAUAGAGAAUUGAGAUCUUAAUUCUAUUGCGUAUUAUGAUUGUGUUUCGUAAUAAUAAUUGCAUUGAGAUAUUCACAUCUUGCCUAACUUGAUGUAAGAUAUUUUAUUAAAAUAGGAAGGAUGAAUGUCAAUGUGGACUCUACAGGGUAUAGAACCUGCAACAAUGAAGAGUUACAACAGUUGGUACACUAACCGAAUGAGCGAUCACAAUGUCACCUCCAAUCAAACAACCUGUUUUCUAUCCUUUAAUGACAUUUAAGACCAUUAUAAAUGGAAGGUGUGGACUGACACAGCCUGAGGACUCUUGACAGUAGCCUCAGAGCAGACCAGUUAAUCUGGUUUGGCCAGCUAGAGCCUAUAGGGCUAGACCCGAGCUAAGAAUAGGUGAUGGUAAUUUAGACCUGUCCAUCUCUACAGAUCCUAUCACAGCUUUAUGAAAGACAGAAGGGGCCUUCCAGCCCCUCCUGCUGACAAGAUAAUUAAUAGUGUGCAAAAAACCCAGCCCAAAGCUCCUACAGUCUUAAUACCCUACAAUUCAAAGGAGGGUAACCAUAUUUCGAAAUCCUCCCCUUCCAAUAUAUAUAUAUAUACAUAUAUAUAUAUAUACACACACACACACAUAUACACACACACACACACAGCUAGUAUGGAUUAAUAGUGUUGCUUUUAUUCUACAUUAAUGGGUUGUGUCAUGUUUUCUGUUUUCCUUCGUCUGAAUAACUUUAUUCCUGUUUGCGCCCUUGCAGACAAUUUUGCCAUAAGCUUUAUCAUUUUAAAUCGUGGCGCUGUCCGUGUAUAAAUAGAGAUGCAAGAGUGCGCUCUUUUUUUUUUUUUUCUUUCUUACAAUAUUUUCUGCCACAGUAAGUGGUGUUUUUCUGAAUCAGGUCUUUAACCCCCUUAAGAACCAAACUUCUGGAAUAAAAGGGAAUCAUGACAUGUCAGACACGUCAUGUGUCCUUAAAUGGUUUAAAAAAAAAAAAAAUGUAAAAAAAACAACCUUCAAAUACGUCUGAGUAAUAUUACUAUUUUUUCUUAUUUUCGGAAUUAAGUCCGUAGUAAAAAAAAUUAAAAAGGAACAUGAAAUCAGAAAGAGGAAUAAAAAUUGGUAGAAAGAUAAAUUUCAAGCAGAAAAACUGCAUAUACAGACUCCCACCAUGACCACUUCAAAUCACUAUCCCCUGAGUACCCAAACACAAUAUUUAUUUAUAUUUAAAUAGUGCUGUUGCCACAAUCAGUUCGACAAAAUAGAGGUACAGACAGGAAUUUCUCAAGAAAGAUCGCUAGCAAGAAAGAUUAUUCACUAAACUGUGAAUUGUUGGGAAUUCUGAGUGAAUUUCAGGCCAAAGCAGGGGACCUAUAGCAUAGUUUGUUUUCCUGUUCAGCUUUUGUGGCGUAAGACGUGAAUUUUACUUUCAAUGCCUAUUAAUUUAAAUUCUCACUUCAGAGAAUGACCGUGUCACUAUUUUUAUAUAUUCCAUUUUAGCGGACAAUGAGUCAUCCAGGAGGAAAUCAAUGAGGUUAUCUGAAACGUUCAGGUGACAGGAAACGAGGAGAAAUUAUUUAUUGCAUCACAGACAUCGUUAAAACAGCAAAUUACACCACGAAAUAAAACGGAAUUUACCUAUAACUUGUGUUAACAUAUUUUGUAACAUGACGCUUUGCUGGGGCGCUCAGAAGAGAUGGCGUUUUAAUGAUCCGUACAGCGAUUGCAAAUAAAAUUUGUCUACAAUAAACAAAUCCCAUUUGCAAUUGUUGAAAUCUCGCAAGGGCGGGGCCUGACCGCCAUGUUUUACAGAGAUGUUUAACUGGAGCUCCGAGUCCAGCUAAUAAUCCAACUCCGUUACAAAUGACAUCAUUUUCAGUUAACGGUUAACCAUUUUAAAACACUUUUCAGACAACUGUAUUCAAUGGCGUAGCUGGGGGGGGAGGGAGCAGUCUGCCCUGGGCGGCACUUUUAUGGGGGCAGAGGCGUUGGCGGAACUCUGCCACGCUACAUGAAUUGACCGUCAGGAGACCUCUGCGCUCCCCUCCUGCCGGUCACUUGGACAUUUUGCCCCUCUGGUCUUAGAGCACACCGACUCUGGAGCAUGCCACCGGCUAUGUGGAGGGGGUCAUAUGAAACACGUUAUAUCCCUGCUCCCUGUAUUCCUCACAGUGUGGCUGGCGCGGCAGUCCCUUAGUGAUGAGGCCAGGCUGAGAGGGGCGGUAAAACCUCUAGCUGUGUCACUGAUUGCAGGUCAUCUCUAUGAGAAGCCCUAAAUAAAAGAUAAGGGGACUCAGAACUAAGCACUAAGGCACUCCUACUAAAUGUGUCAUCUAACUCGCACCCUCAGCCAGCUAAAGCCAAAGACACUUUACAAGCUUCUGGGAGGGAAUGAGCUGAGGUGGAACAAUCCAAAAUAAUAUUUGGACUUCCACUCAUAUCACUGACUGCCAUCAGCCUAUCAUUUAAGAUACCCAGCAAUUUACUGUUUAGUGAAAAACAACUUGGAUUCCUCCAGUUGCAUCUAAAUCCAUUGAAUAUUGAGCAUUCAGUAUCUUACCCUCAGGCGGUUUCACCUGUCAGUAAGCUGGUAUGAUAAUGUUUGUAGCCUUUCUUUGCACAUCAAUAGGCAGACUUGUCCUGUUUAGAAUGUGGGGGGUUAUCGGAGUGUAUGCAAGGUCUCUCCCUUUAACACCUUCACUGCCAUUUAUAUUCCAUUGAAGUAUUUUUAUACAAUAUACACAGCUGAAUGUUACAGAAUGGCAAAUGAUAAAGGGGUUUAUUCACUAAAACUAUGAUUUGUAAAGAGUUUAUAAAGAAAAUUACAAACUUUAAAGGGACACUAUAGUCACCUGAAAAACUUUAGCUUAAUGAAGCAGUUUUGGUGUAUAGAACAUGCCCCUGCAACCUCACUGCUCAAUCCUCUGCCAUUUAGGAGUUAAAUCACUUUGUUUAUGAACCCUAGUCACACCUCCCUGCCUGUGACUUGCACAGCCUUCCAUAAACAGUUCCUGUAAAGAGAGCCCUAUUUAGGCUUUCUUUAUUGCAAGUUCUGUUUAAUUAAGAUUUUCUUACCCCCUGCUAUGUUAAUAGCUUGCUAGACCCUGCAAGAGCCUCCUGUAUGUGAUUAAAGUUCAAUUUAGAGAUUGAGAUACAAUUAUUUAAGGUAAAUUACAUCUGUUUGAAAGUGAAACCAGUUUUUUUUUCAUGCAGGCUCUGUCAAUCAUAGCCAGGAGAGGUGUGGCUAGGGCUGCAUAAACAGAAACAAAGUGAUUUAACUCCUAAAUGACAGUGAAAUUGAGCAGUGAAAUUGCAGGGGAAUGAUCUAUACACUAAAACUGCUUUAUUUAGCUAAAGUAAUUUAGGUGACUAUAGUGUUCCUGUAAGUCAAAAUAAUCAAACCAGAAAAACCUCUCUUAGCUGGUUUGUGUUCUCAGCUAUAUUGGGCGAAAUUGUGUAAUUCUCACAAAUUGCCUUUUUAAAAUUUCACUACCAUUUGGUUUUAAUUGAAUAAAUCCUGACAAUUUUAUUCACUCUCAAGUUAUUCACUAACAGGGUAAUUGGCCAAUGUAAGAAUCCGAGACCAUGAAACGGAACUGGGAACAAUCUCUGCUGUGAUUCCAGUUCUCCACUAUUGGCAUUAAAUUUGAAACUUGAUUUAAAUUCUCACUUUAUUGAAUAACCCUGUAAUGUGAAUUGUCGGGAAUUCAGAGUGAAUUUCAAAUUUAAGGCCAGAGUAGCUGAAAUGAUAAAGGAUAACUUGGAGACGAUGUCUAAUUCACAUUGAAUUCUUUUUUAAUCACACCUUAGUGAAUAGGUCUUUUUGUGUAGCAGUAUGUUCCUGAGUGUCAUUGUGGUGUUUGGAGGGGGGGGCAUCACUUGCCCUAUUGCUGGUAUAACCAAUACAUUUCUAAUGGCACUGUAUGACAUUAUAACCAAUAAACCACCAAUGGCACUCUAUGCUGUUAUAAUCAAUCUGUUCUUUAAAGAUCCCAUACUGAAUUGGAAUGUCCUAUGUCCAAUUAAAGGCUGAAGGGAAAUUCUUUUAUAAAAUAUUUUACUAGAGUGGAUACAUUGAGAUUUCUCUCGUUUUCAAGUAUGUCCUGGGUCCACAAAACAUUGCAUUGUUACAAUAGGAUACAAUAUGUGGAUCUACUUAAGAUACAAAAUCUUUAGGAACCAAAUUGUUAUGAUGCCGGAGUGAAGUGGUUUGGGCUAAACGGGAUGUGGUUUAAUUUAAGCACAUCGUCGUACAUUACAGCAAACGCAUUAUAGUAAUAUUAAAGGGACACUCCAGGCACCCAGACCACUUCUGCCCAUUGGAGUGGUCUGGGUGCCAACUCCUACCACCCCUAGCCCUGCAAGUGUAAUUAAUGCAGUAUUUAUAAACUGCAAUAAUUACCUCGCUGGGUUAAGUCCUCCUCUAGUGGCUGUCAGUCAGACAACCACUAGAAAGACUUCCGUGUUCUUAGAACACGAAAAGGGUUUUAAACUAUGCUGGACGCCCUCACGCUAUGCAUGAGGACCUCCAGCGUCGACAGAAUCCCCAUAGGAAAGCGUUGAAUAAUGCUUUCUUAUGAGGAGGUCUAAUGCGCGCGGCCAUUGCCGCGCAUGUGCAUUAGGUCUCGCCCACCAACGUCAGCGUGGGCGGAGCCUGACCCAGCACCGAGGGACAUCGGUGCUGGAUUCAGGUAAGUCACCGAAGGGGUUAUAACCCCUUCAGCAACAUGGGAUGGGGGGUGGGAGGGAGAGGGGCACUGCAGUGCCAGGAAAACAUAUGUUUUCCUGGCACUGGAAAGUACCUUUAACUUUAGAAGUUUUGGACACAGAAAAUUAAAUAUAAAGUCUUCAACCUCCUCUUAACUACCUUUUUUCUGAACUGUUUAGUUUGUGAAACUCUGUAAAACAUCUUUAUGUUAGAAGCUGUGAAACCAACAGCACUCCACAAAUGAUCAGUAAACAUCUACGCGAAUUCUAGCACCUCAAACACUAUAAACCGGGGGAUGUUAGUUUCAGUGAAGACACAUAAAAUACACUGUAGAACUGGCCACAAGAGUGUUUUUCACAAGAUAAAAUUUGGAAUUCCCAAAGUAACUUAUAACAGUCCCUAUUUUUUGUAAAUCCAUCCGAAUUGGUCUGAAGAAGAUUUAGGAUUCAUAGAGUAAAGCAGUGGUUGCCAAUUUUUGUCACAAUUGUGGGUUUUGUUUUUGUUGUGCCCGACACAAAUUUGCAAAGCCUAGACCUUAGAGGUUGUGUUUUAUACAUAAAAAAAUAUAUAUUACAGGCUCGAAAAAUAAUAUAAUAUGUGUAAAAACAAAAACAAAAACAAAAAGUAUAGGUUUGUAAACAUAAUUUUGAUAUGUUAAUAAAUUACCUCCAAUGUACAGAAAAUAACUGAUAACCUUAGGCAGUAUUCUCAUGUUGGUGGAAAAUAAAAAUAAGUUAGAAACUACAGAGAAUGUUAUAUAUCAUGCCGGAUCCCCAUUAUAACGAUAUUUAUCCAGACAGUAAUUUAUUCAUGCUUCUAGAUAGACAACAGAAUCAGCACAGAUUCACUUUAAAAACCUAAUCAUUAAAAAGUUAAAUUGAAAAUGCAUUUUAAAUGCGUAUUCCUAAUAUGUAGCAAUUCAUAGGCAGGAGGGAAAUUAACGAACGAGGACGGUCUCCUCGAAUAAUUAACUGACUUACAUGCUACAGGGCAGCACCUUUCCAGCAUUGCCCGUUAGUAUUAAUAAGUGGUUUUUGUUUCAUAAAACAAAUUGCUGAAUGGAAAGGGUCCUGAGGAUGCGGUGUUUACAAAACAGAAUUAUAAAUGUAAAAACUGGUCAUUCUGACCCAGUUUGUGUAAUUGUUCACCAAUUUUAUUACAUUGUCUUUCUUUCAAAUACGAUAAUUUGUAUUUGUUACUGUGCUCACUACUUCUAGGAUUUUCAGCAUUUUUACAAAGAAAAAAUGUAAACGACUAACCAUUUUGCAACAAAACGCAAAUCUACUUAACGGAGAGAGAGGUGAAAGGAAGAGAUAUGGCGCAUUGUGUACAAUAGAUGUGUUUUAUACUUUUUACAGCAUAUUUAUCAGAUGAAAUAAUUUGACCGAAAGAGAACCAUUGUGAUCGAACGGAGAGAAGUGAUCGCAAAUUGUGACAUUAGAAUUGCCUGAUCCAUCAUGUCUUUCUGGAACAAAUUUACAUUUUUAUGCUGUUUGGCAAUGCAUGAAAAGUGCUCCCCGACCUGUAGUAUACUAUGUAGCAGGAGAUAAAUCAAUUCAUUACUUUAGGAGGGAUCCAAAUAAACAGACUUGAUUAAUGAACUUCCUCAAGGCAGCUUGCGAAUUGUUACAACAUUUAAAAUACAUACUACUUUUUAUGUGCUCUGCAACAUUAUGAAAAAUAUCUGGGCAAGAAAACCGUGUAUAAUUACAAAAGGACACAAGUUUUACGAUGCUAGAAAAAAAAAAAAGGGGACCAGACGUGACGAAUAUCCCAAGUUAGUUCUUUUUGGCGGAAAACAAAUUCCUAGUCAAUUCUACACAUUUUCAGACUUUGUGAAUACAAUUAAUUUUGCAAUUCUCUUUUUCGAUUAAACUACAAGUCAAUGUAGCAAUGAGCAAAGGGGACACUAUAGCGCUAGGAAUACAAAGUGAUAUUCGUUAUAUUCCUAGCAAUAUAAUACUCUCUGCCUCCCUCCUUUUGUUACUUACGUGAUCCCAGCGUUGAUGUCCCUUGGUGCCGGGUAAAGUUGCUCCUUCACGGACGUUGGACAUAAUGCGCAUGCAUGACAAUCACAUUUGGACUUCCUGUACAAAAGCAUUGAAUCAAUGUUUUUCUAUGGGGUUUUAGCGGACGCUGGACGUGCUCAUGCAAAGCGUGAGAACGUCCAGCAUCAUUCAGCAAAUCAAAAUUCCGGUAAACGCCCGGAAGCACCGCUAGUGGCUGGUUUAGUCUGGUAGACAGCCAACAGAGGUGGAGUGAGCCCUGCAAGGUAAUUAUUGCAGUUUCUCAAUAACUUUAGAGAGAGUUCAGAGAAGGGCUACUAAACUGGUUCAUGGAUUGCAGGAUAAAACGUACAAGGAAAGGUUAAAGGAUCUUGUAUAGCUUAUGUGCAAUGAAAAUGUAUAGCUUGGAGUAAAGACGAGACGGGGGCGGAUAUGAUAUAAACAUUUAAAUACAUAAAAGGAAUCAACACAGUAAAGGAGGAGACUAUAUUUAAGAGAAGAAAAACUACCACAACAAGAGGACAUAGUCUUAAAUUAGAGGGACAAAGGUAUAAAAAUAAUAUCAGGAAGUAUUACUUUACUGAGAGGGUAGUAGAUGCAUGGAAUAGCCUUCCAGCUGAAGUGGUAGAGGUUAACACAGUGAGGGAGUUUAAGCAUGUGUGGGAUAGGCAUAAGGCUAUCCUAACUAUAAGAUAAGGCCAGGGACUAAUGAAAGUAUUUAGAAAAUUGGGCAGACUAGAUGGGCCGAAUGGUUCUUAUCUGCCGUCACAUUCUAACUGCAAUAAUUACAAUUGCAGGGUUAAAGGGACAGGGACAUUGCACUCAAUGAGAUGAAGCGGUCUAGGUGCCUAUAGUGUCUCUUUAAAAGCUUAAUGGCAAAAUGUCAGCUAAAAUAGCGGACUUGGAAAAUAUAUUCCACCUUUUCAUUUGAUUAUUCAGCCUAAAUGUUACUCUGAUUUAAUUCACUGCAAUACAGUAAUUAGUGAAUUACUCCAUUGCAAUUUAUCUAGCCCAUAAUCAAUGCCUAUCGUUACUAGAAUUGUGUGUUCGUGGUUUUCAUCUGGUGUGAACCAAUCAAAUACCUUUUAAUCUACGCCCAAACGAACAGGCACUCUGUGAUUUACCUGUGGAGUCUUAAUCAAUGAAAAGAGCUUCCAGCCUUUUAUACCGGGAGAGGCAAGGCUAUGCAUGAAAAAGAAAUACUGUAUCACUCUCCCCACUAUAACCUCACCCCUAAUCAAUACACUCCCCUCCCUCGGCCUGUGUCUGUACAGGGUGCUCUGCUAUUGUUUCAGUCCUGUUUGGGACAUUUUGGAGGGAUGUCAGUGCAAUGGGAGUUUAAUGAAAUGAUGGAUUUGUUUAUUACCCAGAGUACAAUGCAGGCUGUAAAAAAACUAAUUACAUGUGGAUUUAACAGAGGCAGCAAGUUAAAAAGACCGGGAGAUGUUUUGAUUAGUAUUGAAAAAUCAGUCUCCCUGCCACAAUGGCGUUUACGUAUAAAAACUGUCACUUUUCCCCCCAUUUUAUUUAUAUAUUUUCUGUAACUUUCGGUCAGAGACAGCUAUCUAUGUGUAAAAACAUUAUAGAAUUCUUUGUACAUUGACAGACUUUUAUAGUUCUAACAGACUGACUAUGGCAUAAUAAAAUGUCAGGAUAAAAAAUGGACAGCGAUGCUAAUUUUAUUUGGAAAAGAAAAAAACCAAAAAGACGUAAGUUGGAAAAAGUCUAAGUAAGGGCAAUGGGGAUAAUUUUUUGCGCAAUAAAGAGAAUUUGUGAUUUAAGAUCAAAGUAUCCAAACUGCAAACAUUCUAUAAGUCAGCUUUGAUUUCAAUUCGACUAUUCUGGAAAUAAAUUGGAAAUUCGCUUUGAAUUCACAAUUUAGUAAAUAACUUUGAUAGAUUUGUGUGAAUUUUACAAAUCAUUGCGGUUCUAUGCCGCUGUCAGAGCUGAGAGUUAGGAUGCUCGAUGUAACAUCAACCCUGCAAUUAUCACAUUUCUCUCCAUGUGUUGCCUAUCAGCACAAAGACUUCUUAUAAAGCCAUAAAAAUAUGGUGGACUUGGUAGGUCCACCUGGUCUGCCAAUGAGACCCAGCCAUUUCUACCACACUCACUAAUCCAAGCCAACCUCAAUGCUCUUUCAAGAGAGAACCUAUACAGAUACUUCCUGGAUUUUAACAUGUUGUUUAUCACAAUGAAUGCACAGUUUAGUGGAUAAUCCACUUAAAGGGAACGCUGGCCAAUAUCUUGGAAAGACCGCAUUAAAAGGGGGAUUAUUCAUUAAACAGUGAAGCUACGUGUGCGUGAAUGACAACUAAGUUACAAAACGUGGAUCAAAUCAGCCAGUCUAGAUAAGAAAUAAAUCCCUUAAAUUGGCCAAGGAGACGGAUAUUUUACUUCAAGAGAUCUGUUAUACAACUUCGUUGUCAAAGCACAACAAUUUACUGUGUUUUAUCCACUAAAUGCAGAAACGUGGAAAUGGCAAAUAUUCUGCAAAUGUUAUGCAAAAAAAAAAAAAGCCAAAUUAUAAUUAUCCGAGUGAGGCUUCCCCCCCCAAUUUAGCUAUUAUUUGCCUAAAAUGUCCAACUCCCUUUGAAGUUCUCCGCACAUCACAGUUUAAUGAAUAAACCAAGAGAAAACAAAAACAAAAUGUUUCAAAAUAAACCAACGCACAAAAAGUUAGAUAAAACUAUAGAUAUUUUAUUACAGACUCAAAGCCUGAAUUGGGGGGGGGGAGGGGGGAUGCUGCCACUCACUGUAUCUUAUUAGUAAAGUCAUUACUAUAAAAGAGAGAGAUUCUUUGUAUCUCCCUCAAGUCACUUCAGAUGUAACAGAACAUCUGGGCAAGGACUCCUCUAAUAAGUCUCCCUCUGGUCUACACUUUAAUUACAUUGUUCUUUCACCCCCAUCUGAAGGGGGAAGGGACUGUAGAUUCCAUCCCUUGGCUGCCAUUGGCUCAAAGUUUUAUGUUUCUCUUCUCUCAUUGGCUGCCCAAAAAUUCCUCUCACCCCACCCUCUCCUAUCCCCCCUCUCACUCUGACUUCUGUCAUAGAGUUUCCCAGUGUUGGAGUAUAGUUUGUGGACAUGGGGUGGUUGUGAGGACUGUGGACAUUUAAAGGGACUGAGCAGCCAGGCAGGAUCCAUGCUCACCUUGGGCUGUUUUUGGAAAGCAGCAAAGGGCAGUGAAGAUGUGGAGAAUUUUUGGAGUCCUCUACCUGUGCAUACUUAGAUCAGCAUCCUGCAGCUAUAGAGAGGCUCAGUGCAGCUGGAGGAAAAGGUAACAAUUAGCCUAAAUUAUUCAUUUGAUUUGGGUUUAUUCCCCAAAAUUGCAGGUUUGGGGGGAGAAAGAUUAAUAAUUCUACAAUUUGUAAUUCUUAAAGAAAUAUGCAAAGCAGAAGCCCCCAAGAGUUCAAACUAAAGUUUGGGUCGUUAACAAAUAAUUGUAUUUUAAAAUAUUAAGGGAGAUUUUUAUAUAUAUAUAUAUAUUAUAGUUUUUUAUUAAGACGUGCUCUGUUUGAGCUUUAUAAAUCCUUAACAUUCAUAGAUCUAGAUUCUAAUUCUAUCAUAUUUUGAAGAUUGGAGUCUAAAGACUUUAGUUUCUAAGUUUUUUUUUUUUCUGUUCUGGUUGUUAAAUUUGGAAGUAUACUCAAAUUCUAGAUUUUCUUUUAAUGUAUUUUUUUUUAAGAAACCUUUUUUAGUUUGUGAUCUGGGAUAUAUGUGAAGUCCUGUAGAUUGUCAGCUCUUCUGAACCAUCCUCUUUUCCCUGUAAUAGUCUGUGCAUGUAACAUGAUUUUAUUGUGCAACGCUGCAGACUAUGUUGACGCUUUAAUAACCAACAACUAAAGCAAUCUUUAGUGGUUCACUGACAGUUGUAGUUUUUGGCCAUAUCGUUUUACAUUUGGCUCUCAAUCCGUUUUAACUAUUAACUGGCUUAGCCUCUCUGCGUGUUUCAGUUUGAUUUAAUAUUCUAUCCUGAUGUGCAAAGUGCCAGACUCUGGUGAAUAUUCUCUAAACUGAGAUUUGUGGGAAUUACUGGAAUUGCUGAGUAAAUUCUCCAGAUCUAUUCAGAUUUCCUAAAGUAAUUAUUAUAAUAUUGUAAUAUUCUCUGCAGCAAACUGUACUUGCAAGUAUUAAGAAUAUUUUCUGUUGCAAAAGUCAAGUUGUGUAAUAGUUAAGAACAGCAAAAUGCAAGCCAAAUUGGUGGACUCACUAGCCACCUACUGACCUUUCAAGGAAGGUUUUUUUUGUUUUUUUGUUUUUUUUUUGUGUGCAAAUCAUUGACUGGAGACAGGCAGUCUGUAAGCAGAACAUAUAGUUCUCUAUCUUAUUACCCAAGACAGCAGUAUCUAAUUUAUUCUGAAGGCUUCUACAAUCACUGCAGGAGUUGGGUGACCUCCACCCCCAGUCUGACUUUGGCCUCUUGUUGCAGAAGACUGGUUGAUUCUAUUCUACACACAAUCAGUUUAUCUCACAAUGUUGACACUUACUUCAGGCAACAAAAUCCAAUUCUUAAUAAACAUUCUGCACUCUGUGUUAUUCAGUGCAGUAAAGUAAGUUGUGCUGCAUUCCAACAAUAUAGUGUUUACCAGGUUGAUUUUAGAAUUCUUUAUACCAGAUUCCUUCUAAAGUUACUGACCGUCUUAGAGUUACAUAGUUUUUGGAUCAACAGCAAAAACCAAAUGUGAGGAAGGCUGAACUUGAUGGACACAUGUCUCUUUUCAGCCUAUGUAACUACAUAGACCGUAGAAUUUGAAAAUAAUCUUUUUUGCUUUUUUGUGUGUGUGUCUGAUUUAUAACCCAGGGACGAGCUGAAUCUUCUAUGCUAUUUAAUUCUGUAUUUUUUAUUUUUAUUUUUUUUGUAUUUAACUUGCAUUGCGUGCCUAGCUGUCUCGGCGCAGUCAGCGUAUAAAUAUAUGGGUAAAUGAUAGGCCUUCCAACUGUCUGAAUCUGGUAAACAAGCAGCAUAUUUUUGGGCUUGUGUCCCUUGUUUUUUGGGAGCUGUCGUUAGACAAAACUGCUAUGCUAAGGGCACUAAGACCAUGCUCAACCUUAAAUAGAGCCAGCCAGUGUGAUUGGCAGUCAGCCAGGUGUGUAUUCAUGCCAAGCUGGCAUGCCCCUUCUUCUGGCAGGCCUGAGGCCCAUGGACCCCAGUCAUGAUUUACCUACCUGCUAUGUUGGGUGGUACACAUUGUUGUUCGUUUGGGGCUUUUUUUAAAAGUAUUUUUUUUUUCUCCUACCAGAUAAGUAACUAGUUACAUUCUGCUACAAAGUUAUAAUCAAUAAAAUGAAUUUAAAAAAAAGAAAAAUAAACUAUUUGUCUAAUGGCUGAGAGAGUAUUUGACAACCCUCUGGGUCAGGUCGCUGAUGUGGCCAUCGUCUAUAAGUGUUCUCUGCAUACUGUCCUUUGAAAAGAAGAUUCUUGUUGGGGUUACCCAGAGGGAAUAACCGCACUGUAAAUCAGGCCCAUUGAACGGCCCGGCUCUUUUAAACUUGGAAUCAUUGUUUUUAAACUCUGUUAGCCAGCUGAGUGCUUUCACCUUAACCCAACUCAAACAUCUGCUGCACAGCACCUUUAAAUCUGCGCACAGCUGCUGUGUGUGUCUGUCACUUUGGAUUUUUCCAAAUUUCAGACUUAACAUCCCAAUCAAUUGCUUUUCCCCAGGGUUGUGUGUGAAUGGCAGAACAUAUUUAACCAGCUCAGUACUGGAAAUAACCGUUCAGGAAUCUGUCGUUGCCUGUGGCUUAGAUUGCAUUCAGCAGCAAAUUCUGUGUAAUUCAUUUAUGUGACCUCGGUUCACCGCCUUUACACUGCUUUUUCUGAAAGUACCAGAAGUGAUUUUCAAAAAGUAGAUCUUGCCUGCAGAACAUGAAUGCUAUAUAUAGUGCAGGGAACAACUUUCAUGUACUGCCCAACAGUGUGAAGAUGUUCUAAAACUACAGGAAACAUGGUGGAUCUGAAAAAAUUGGUGUAAUAAUUUGCAAUCAUCAAUCUAUUGUCUCUCUAAUUAUAUGAAAUGUGUGGAUUAAUAGCACAUUUUAUUUACUUUGAUUUGGAAAUUAAUGUCCUCUUAUAGAUGUCUCCUGAUCUUCUGAACACUGAAUCUCAUAUAUUUAAUAAAAAUUAGGUACAUUUAGAAAUUCAUUCAUUUUCUUGAACUUGGUGGGGGGGAAACAAAACGUAAGGUUGGCACAUUGUCCACAUUUUACAUGGGUUUUGUGAUUUCACUGUUUUAGUGAAUCUGAGCUUGUCAAUAAAUAUAUAAACAUUCAUUUUCCAAUUUAACACCACUUAGUGAAUCCCUGUAUGUGAAGGGCCUGUCAGGACCUCAGUAAUCAUGUCAGACCGUAAUGGGGAGCAGUAAAAGUGGUUUGAUCCCUGCCUUGUUUCUAUUCCUUCCCACUAUUCCUUCAUUUACCUCUCCAAACAGGGCCGUGUCCUGCUGGGCCUAAGGGCAUCGCCGCUAACCCCAUUAUCUAUAUAUUUGGGCAGACCCUACCCAGACCUAAUGGGGUACAUUCCAAGGAUAAGUAAUGAAAGAACAGAAAAAGUGACUUCGGACCCCAAGAGCUUACAGUCUGAGAUUAAUAAGACACAUUCUUGGAUGAAAUAAAGAUGAAACAUUGAGCGUUCCGUUUAUCAAAUAGUUGUAUUUAUAUUUGUCUUUUUGUUUCCACAGUGGGCUUUCCUUGGAAGCGAGAUCGGUGGAGCAGGUCACUUUGCGCUGCACAGAAGGCACCGUGGAAUGGUUGUACCCAAUGGGAGCCCUGCGUCUCAGUUUGGUGCCACGUCCACCAAUCACCGUGCCCGCUGCUGAGCCCAGGCUCCUGACUGCUUGCAUUAAGCCCACCGCAUCCUUCCGCGGUGCCCAGCUGUAUCUGGAGAGAGAAGGGGUGCUGGAAUUGCUGCUGUCUGAGGCCGAGCCAGCCAUACGGCCUAGGGUUCACUGCUUCAGUUGGCAGCCCCACCAGAAGGUGGCACUGUUCCUGCAAGCCAUCCCACAUCAAGACAUCAGCCGCCGUAUUGCUGCGUUCCGUUAUGAACUGAGGGCGGACUGGGAUGGGAGGCUUGCUCUUCCCCUAAGCAAGUUAAACAUGGAAGGUGAGUUGGAUUGUAGUACCAGCCCCUUCGCCAUGUGAUACUGUCCAAUCCGAAUCCUCUAUGCUGACACACCUCUGCAGGACAAAUUCCUGAAUAUUGGCAUCCAUUAAUUACAUUAUCCCAGAAACCCAACAACACAUCAGGUCUGACCUUUACCAGAGAAGGAACAGGCGCUAUUAAAUCAGUGCUGUGAUAUAGUGUACCACACCACUGCUAAUGUCAGCCACAUUUACAUUAAGAGUUACGUCCUCAGUUCCUCUUACUCUUAAUCCAUGGUGAUUCAUCAUCAAACCUAUACCUAUUGUACAGCGCUAUGGAAUCUGAUGGCGCUAUAUAAAUAAUAUAAUAAUAAUACACACUUUACAUUAUUAAAUGUUUUAUUACUGUGGAGCUCUACAAUACUCAUGCACACCUCACAUUAUUGUGAGUUGUUUUUAUUGAUGUGGAGCUCUGUGAUACAUUACUGUGAGUUUGAUUGCUGUGGACCUCUGUGAUACAUUCAUACAGGCUGCAUAGUUUGUUGCUGUGGAGCUCUCUGAUACAUUAUUGCACAUUACAGUGAGUGUUAUUGCUGUGAAGCUCUGUGAUACUCAUACACACUGGAUAUUACAGUGAGCUUUAUUGCUGUGGAGCUCUGUGAUCAAUUUAUAAAUAUUUACAUCCCUGGAGAUUGUAACAUAGAAAUAAAUGGCUUUUGUGUGCCUCGAGGGGUCUGUACCCCCACAGUGGGGCUUUUUAAGAAUUCUUCCUUUGAGCAAGCUCCCCAUGUUGGCUCUAACAUUAGUUUUCCAAUUUAACACAGCUUAGCGGAUCCUCUCCCUGUAUGUGAAGGGCCUGUCAGGGCCUCAGUAAUCAUGUCAGACCGUGAUGGGGAGCAGUAAAAGUGGUUUGAUCCCUGCCUUGUUUCUAUUCCCUUCCCCCUAUUCCUUCAAUUCCCUCUCCAAACAGGGCAGUGUCCUGCUGGGCCUAAGGACAUCGUCACUAACCCCAUUAAUUGGCCUGAGAUAAGGAUCUGUGGGGGUUACCAUGGCAACUGAUGAGGAGGGGCAGAUAGCGCGCCCACUCUUUAAAUACCAGGCGUGCAGGAAAUCAGUUUCAUUAAAUGGGUUAAAGUUUUCUAGAAAUGUUCACCAAGGCAGAAUAACAGGCAUUUUGUUUUAGGAUUUCAAUGUCCACAUGGCGUUUAUUCGGUAAAUUGGGAAUUCUGAAGAACUAACAUUACAUUCAAAUUUUAGGCCGAAAAAAUAUAUCUUUCACUCUGCUAUAGUUUCCUACAUGCCAGCGUGCAUUUAAAAAAAAAAAAUUAUUUUUAUUUUUAAAAGUGUAGUUAUUUUAGUUGUGACUAUAACCAUAUUGCAGAUAUUCAUUCGAUCUUUUCUCCAAGUUAUCCAUGCUGGAUGAAAUGUUAGAAUAGUUGUAAGACGUAACAUUCAUUUCAGAGGGCAGCCUUUUUAAGAUGUUCCAAAAUGGAAUUUAAACCACCAUUCUCCACACCAUAACCACUUCACCUCUUGAAAGUGGUUACAGUGCCUGGUGUCUCCUGGUACUGUCCCACUGUUCAUCAUUAAACUGAUUCUGAUUUAUUCGAUACUGAAUGUGGCUCCUCUGGUUCCUAUAGCUUCCCCAUCGCUGAAGGUAUGGUUAAGACGGAUCCACAAUCGUUAUACCAGCAAUGGGCAGCAGCGAUAGCCGUAGUGGGCUCAGCCUGUUGCAUCUCUACUUUGCAAACAUGGAAGUUAUGGACCGAGCAGCAGAGAGUUGCCAGGGAGCCUUAUUCACUGUCAAACCAUUUGAAAACACAUAACAAUGCGAUUAGUAGCAGGGGACAAUGAUAUGAAGUAGUUAUGGUGCUGAUUGUCCCUCUAGCCAGCUUGAUGUACUGGAGGGAAUGGGGAGUAGCUAUCCCAUAUUGAUCAGAAAACCCUCUUUUUCUGUGGCAGUAUUUUAGUGUUCCUCUAUCUCCCUUUUUAUUUAUGGUUUUACUAAAUCAUCAUUUCUUUCUACAGGUGUCUGCCGACCGUGUAACGAUACAGAAAUCCUGAUGGCUGUUUGCACUAGUGACUUUGGUGACUAAAUGUUUACUUUAACUUUUCCAUCCCCCAUCAACUGUUUGUUGGGAAUGCAUGGAUGCAUUACAGUAUGUAUGGUUGUUGGUCUGUAUUUGGGCACCAAGGUGUUAUCUGGGUAUAGCGCCUAGCAUGGACUAACCAAAAUGUGUGCAAGUUACUGCGCUGUCUUGCACGAAAGUGUAUGUGUUAAAGUGUGUAUGGUAACAACGAAUUUUUAUUCAAUCAAAAAUAAAUCAUAUUUUCCAGUUAGUUUCACCAGAUUGUUUACUAAUCAAUAAUGCUUUUCAACGAGGUUCAAAACUGGCAAUUCACCGGGUUGUUGAUGGGUUUAAACAAGACAUACUUAUCUUUAGCAUAUUCAUCUUUAGUUCUUUCUUGAAGUCUUAAAUCUCUCGCUGAUCCUUGUGUCUGGGAAACGGUUAAUAGCGAAUAAGAAACGUGUCGCAAACUGUGGAACACUGCCGUAUAUCUGUUUAAAGCACUAGAAUUUUUCUGGUUUGUGACUUAUUUAUAUUUUUUGUAAUCUUACAAUUCAGGCAUCCUUGUAGAAUAAAAAAAAAAAAAUUGCAUCUUCAUUGCAGUUGGUAAAGUAGACUUUCAGUUAUUGACUACAAACCUACAAAUCUGUGAAUGCAGCGAGAGCUGUCAAGGGUCUUGUCUAAUCUGCCUAUAUUACCAGAAAAUAAUUUAGAAACGUGAGCAGCGUUAUAAACUAUCUUUAUUUUGCUUUCCUUACAGUGUCUGGGUUGGUUGUUUUUUUUGGAAAGGUCACUUUAAUUCAUGGUUGGUCACUUGAGAAGACGUUUGACUUUUUGUGUUGCUAGUGGGUGUAGUCAGGACUCUUGGCUUAGGGAAAAUGACUGUGUUUAAUUCCAGGGCUUGGCUUGAUCCGGUGGAAUGCAGUUAUUACCCAGCCAAGCGUCCAGUAUCUUCCCAACCCCCUAUCCUAUUUUCUUUGGAGUUCUUACCUAAAUCUCAUUUGCCCCCCUGCUGUAUUUUUAAUAAAGGGAGAGGAACGAUUGUGGUUGGAUAAGAGGCUGAGAAGUGCAUUGCUUCUGUACUUGAAAGUUUAAAUUCUUGACUCAAGUGUAGGCCUCAGACCUGCUGUGCUGUGAAAUUGUUUAAUUGCACUAUGAAGUCAACAAGUCUCCAUUUUAACCCUCUCUGGGACGGUGUGAACAACAUAUUUCUUUCCAGAUUAUGAAACCUGUUCUUCUUGGAAUUCCAAUUUGUGAAUAGGGCAGAUUAUGUUCUAGAUUUGUAACUGAAAUGUCUAAAGAGUAUUGACCAAAUGUCCCACUUGGCUUGUUCCUGGAACUGUCCCCAAUCUCCUUUUGUCCCAGCUUAUUAGGACAGUCUUCAUUAAUCUGUGUUUCACUCUCUACAUGUUGUUGGAUUCAAACACCAUGAUCUUUUUCCAAGGAAUUUUGGACAAAAAAACAAUUUCACACACCUCCUCUAGAUUAGAACAUUGCCCAGGUGAUCACCGUCACUCUGCUCAGACACUGGUCGACUUGAUGCCACCUGUCAUGAUUAUACAAAUGCAACCACCUUAAAACCCCCUUGCUAGGUGCUCGCUCUCUACUUCUGGAACCUCCUGAUUUAAUUUUUAUUAAAUCUGUUCAAGUAUAGUUUUUUUUUUUUUUAAGUUCUGUGUCGAUAAAGAACAUAACGUGCUUUUAAUAUCUAGGUUGAAACUAUUUAGUCUUUGCCGUUCUUAUGAAUUCUGUUCUAGUUUAAAUAAAACCCUUUUGUUAGUGGUUUGUUUGUGUGUGUGUGUGUUGUUAUAAUUGAGUUAAAUGUCAAACUUUAUCCUUUUUAGAACCUCUAUCUAAAUGGAGGUGACGUACAAAUGAACCACAUGAUAAAGCUUAUGCACUCACAUGUACUAACUGUCCAUGUCUCUUUGCAGUUGUUCGUGGCAACAUCCGUGCGGUAGAAAACGAUGCCGAGCUGCAGGAGUCUGUGAUUGGGAUCAGCGCCACCCGAGUCCACCGUCAGAAAUUCAUACUCUUCCAGCCUCGCGGACACUCUGUAAAAUCAUUGGGAGAUAUUCGGACUCCUCUGAGCUGUGGUGUGAAAACUGGACCUGGCAGUUUCCUCUUUAUGGGCUGGGUACAUUUUGGAGAUGCAUGGCUGGGCUGUGCCCCCCGUUACAAGGACUUUAAACGAAUAUAUGAAAGAGCAUUACAGGCCCAUGAAAACCCAUGUGAGAUUGCACUGGAUUAA